AUGGAGUUUGACCUUUUAUUUCGCAUAGUGGCUUGUUGUUUCCUUCAAUCUCUGGUUAUCUAUGGCUUUAAUAUCGAUAUUAAGAAACCUACUAUCUUCUCUGGACCUCGCGGUAGUGAGUAUUUUGGAUAUUCUGUUGCUCUUCACUCAGGUAGAAGCUCUAACUGGUAAGUGAAAGUUGUAUGUACUAACAUUUUAUGACUUAUUAUAAAGCAUAACGUGCGUGAUUGUAGAGUAUGAUCCGGUCCAGUUGAGCCAACCCUCUGUACUAAAGCGGCUUCAAAGAAUAUUUAUUUUUCUCUGUUAUUUAAUUGCAUAACUUUACUUUACUGUGGAGUAUAACAAAUCAUUUUGAUAAGCCGUAUAUACUAAAUAUUCAUUCCUUGAUAUCCGUAAUACGAUAACUUUACAUAUUAAUGGUUAACAAAACACAUGAGCCUAAUAUUUGGGCGGCACACUUAUUAAAACUGUCAGACACAUUUAUACGAAAUGAACAGGGAAAUGAAAUGGUUUAAGAAUCCCAAAAAUGUCUGCUGAAAUGCAUUAAAUGCUGAAAAAUAUUUCAUAUUCGCAUCGGUUUCAAAAUCUCCGUGUCAAAAGAGUAGUUGGCAUACAGUGUAAUUACAUCUCUCUGCUAAUGUCCAUAAAUAAAAGGUCGUUUCUUAUUGUUGAUAGAAGCGAAGGCCAUUUAGGGCAACUACUUUAACACUUGGAUAAACAACUGGAGGCUUAACUGCAGAAUACCCUGCCACUUAUUUGCAUGUCAUUGAAUAAGAAUAGCAUCUAUUGUGUUAUGCUUCGUUGUUCAAAGAAGGCCGACCAACGAAAACAAUGGUGGUACAGAGUGGCGGUGUAUUCAGCAGUUGCUCCAUACAGUGCAAUACGUCUGGGCUGGGUUGUUCGAAGCUGGGUUAAGAUAAUCCAGGGUUUAGUGCGAAAUUUGAACUCAGAUAUGAGAGCUUAAAAAGCAAAUUCAGUUUCAUCCUCUUUACCUACAAUUUGAUGAUUGGAUACUCUAAAAAGAAUAGAGAAAAUUAUCUGAGAGAGUGCUUUUGAUAAAAAGAAAAAGAAUCCCAGGUUAAAAUUUAACCCCGGGUUAGUGCUAACUGGCAUUUGAACAACUUGGCCCCGUCUGCUAACGUCCAUAAAGGUCGUUUCUUAAUGCUGAUAGAAGCGAGUAGUGCCAUUCAAGGCAACUACUUUAACACUUGGAUAAACUACUGGAUAAACAUGAAGAGACCCCAGAAAUGGUGGUAUUGACAUCAUUAUUAGUCUCGUUUGCUUUAGCUGCAAGACUCAGAAAAUGCAAGCGUUUCUUGUUUUUUGGGUGUGUCUGUGCCAAAAGGGGUUCGUGGUCCCAGGCGUUCCUAGUGUAGACUGAGAAAACUGGGGAUAAAAAUUGUGACAUGUCACAGCGCCAUGCUUUAUUUUGUGAAGAAAUCUUACAUAGGAAGAUGUAGAGCUUUUCCUGAACAGUUCGGUCCACAAAUUCUAUCGUUUGAAAGCAUUGAUGACUUUGGAACCAGUGAAUACUUCAGUGAAAACUUCGAUGUUGAGGCUAUAAAAAUGAGUCUUGUGAUGAGCAUCUGGUUUAUUUUUUGGCAAUGAUUGAAAUGAGGCGCCAUGUUCAUCAUGUUUUUAGUCCCUGGCGAUGAUGUAAUUUCUCUCAAAGUGAUUUUUGUGUAUUACAUGCAUUCUCAAUCAUCAUCAAAUACGAUGCAAAAAGUAAAUAUCGUGAAGAAUACUUGACCAUCAAUAAAGAAGGAAGUGAAAAACUUUUAGCGCGUAAAUCCGGUUUCGUGUAGAAGUAAUUGCCUCAGCAUUUCGUAUCUGAUCUCCAAGCAAGCGAGACUUGACUCUUUUUUAACAACACUCCUGUUAUUGAGGCACUGCGCUAUGUAAACCUUCCUGAAAGUGAAUUUAUGUCAUGUAACAUGACAGGGGAAUCAGUUGGGUGGGGGGAGGAGGCGGGGGGAGGUUAUAUGCGUGUCCCUAACCAUUCAUUUCACUGAUUAGGGAGAAGGGAGGAGGGGCUUUUCAGGCCAGAACUUAACCUGGUUAUGAAAUGACUAGGAAUAUUUCUUUUUCACCCCUGGAUUGGAUGCCAGUCAGUCACAGGGUUACUGCCAGUAUUUAAGACGGAAUCCAUCAGGAAACUGAGUAAUUUUAGUUUUCAACAACAACAACAACAAUACCUUUAUUCGCCUUGUACUUAGUUAAUUACAUACACACAUGAAAGAGAAAAAAAUAUAUAUAUAUAUAUUUAUUUGUACUUAAUAAGUCCUGGAGCUGAAAUAAUCCUAAGAUUUUCUAGCCAGUUCUCCAGAAUUUAAAGUUUUAGAGAAUUGAGAUAGAAUUUAUUUCCAAAGAAGCAGUUUUAAAAUACAAUGUAUUAACUAUGUUGUUCUGACAGCAAAUAAGGUUUCAAUUGUUUUUGGAAUUGGUAUGUGUUUAGUUCUUUAAGAGUUAUGGGAAUUUUGUCCCAGAUGGUACAUGCAGCAUAUCCGAUUGUUUGUUUCCCCGUAUUAGUUCGCACUUUUAUUACGUAAAGAUUCUGUUUCGAUGAUUUCAGUGGACAAAAAUCUUGUGCCAGAAUAAUUUAAAGAAUAUUGCAUUCUUUUUUACAUUUUUCAAGGGCUAAAGAUGUAAUAAUCAUCUGUAGUAACACCAAAGAAAAUUUCUCAUGGAAGUCCGAGAAAAUAAAUGUCAAAUUUCACAAGAAUUGUGAUCAUGCAGGUAAAAUUCUAAAAGUUUUAUGUGUGAGAUGUAAUUUUGUGAAAUUUGACUUUCAUUUUCUCAGGCUUGGGCUAUGAGAAAUUUUUUUGGUUGUUACUACAGAUGAUUUAUUACAUCUUUAGCCCUUGAAAAAUGUAAGAAAGAAUGAAUAUGCUUUAAAUUAUUCUGGUACAAGAUUUUUGUCCACUGAAAAUAAAAAUUACUCAAUGUGCUGGUGGAUUCCAUCUUAAUUUUUUGGUACCUAGUUAUACACUUGGGUGGAGUAAGGCUUUGUGAGAGUGAAGUGUGUCACCCCAAAAGGCAACACAAUGUCCUUUGCAAUGCCUUCACACAUCUAGAGGCAGUGUGGCUGAGUGGUUAGAGCACUAGACUUGCAAUUCGGAGGCCCAAAGUUCAAGUCCCGCUCUGACCACUAGCUAGAUUUGUUCUUGGCAGUCCUGUGUUCAAAUUCUCGACUACAGUUGUAAAUAGCCAUUUUGCCCCUGGUCGGUUGGGAUUCUUAACCUUGUUAAGUUUGAUUGAGAUUUUGUUUCAGGUAUUUUCUUGGCACCACUAGCAUUAGUGCUAUAAAAUAAGUGCGGUGGGUAAAUAAUGGCAAUUAUUAUUAUUGUCAUCUUGAUACAGAGUCCAGAGCACUGGUUUCUUGGUGUUUCCGAAACCAUUGUUGGUUCGCUUGGAUGGGUGGCUAUUUUGACGCUCUUCUCUCAGUCACAUGUUUGAAGAAAAAAUAUAGAAAAAUAAAUCGUAAAGAAAUAUAUAAUUAAAUAAAUGGAAAGUGUUAGGCUUGCAACUUCCCUUUGUCACUGAUUUAUCUUUAUUCAUGAAUGCUGAUUGAAGUGUAUAAUUUUCUCCUACAGGGUAAUAGUUGGAGCUCCAAAAAGUAAUGUAACUGAUAGAGCUGGUAUUGCAAAUCUUGGAAGGUAUGGAGCAGCAUUCAGAUGUCAAUACCCUGCAGCUGGAAACCAACCAUGUGACGAAAUUGAAAUUGAUAACAGACGUAAGUGUAGAACUUUAUUAGUUUUUAUACAGCACUUAAUCUGUGUGUAUCUCUGACAACUUCUGGUAAGCACGGUAGGUGUGGAUCCUCUCUUGAACUGCUUGUGAAAUUAUCAGUUUUAAUGGUCAGAUCCUGAGAGAUCUUUGGCAUAAAAGAAGAAGCCAGUUUUCAUGUCUAAAUUCUAUAGGGGAAAUGUCAGAGAUCUUUGACUCGUACAUUAAUGAGUAUGAUUUAAUCAAUUUAGUCAAACGGGUCAGAGAAAGUGGGCUGCAGUGUUCUAAUAUUUUCUAUACUGGGCAUAUGACUAGUCCUAGCUACUCCUAUCCCAAGAAAUAGAGAGACAGAGAUAGAGAUGGCGCAUUCGCUCAGCUGUAUUCGGGAAUAAGACUAAUAUACUAGCUCUAAAGUGGCUUCCUUGGCUUUCACUGCAUGGCACUAAAUCCAGAAAUCCGGCCUGAAAUAACCACAUGCGAGAAUGUAGUUUUCAUUUCAAGUCUGUUAUUUUUUUUUUAUCUGGAAAUGACCCCUCAUCAAAAUUCAAAUGAGCUUUCACAUAGGCGGGAUACACAUGUACGAAUGCAAUGCCUUCAAGGUGAUCCAUCCACCAUUUUGUUGUUUUUAGAUGGAGAGAGCUCAUUAUAUAAGCCACAGGUAACCCAAUUAAAAAGGAUGUAAAUUUGACUAAAGCAUCCCAGUGAAAAUUUUAUUCCACAGUGUACCCACCUAUGCUUUCUUUAACUGUCUGUACCCCGUGCUCUUGUUUUGGAACACCCUUUCUAGGUGGUUACUGUCUUUCGCAAGGAAAAACCAGAGCAUUUAUCUUAAUUCCCAUUUCUGGUAUGUCUUUCUCCUGGUUUUCACCUCCUCUUUGCAGUGAUUUUGUUACCUCUGUGUCCUGCGUCCCUGACGCAUAGAAAUCCCCAAAGAAGCAAAAAACAAUUCAAAGAUUGAUCGAUUGAAUAACAUGUGUAUUUGUAGAAAUAUCCCAUUCAUGUAAUUUCUGUGGCAGUUAUUAUGGCAGUUGUUUAAUGAUGCAUAAUUAUUUCUUUUAGCCUUUGUUGUGCUUUUAAAAAGAAGGACUAUAUUUUAAUUUCAGUAUACUGCAAUACAGAGUUUUGGAGCUGUCUGUCUUCAGAUUAGCUGUCUGGUUACAUAAAGACCUAAGCAUUUUCAAUUUCAGACUCUUUUUUAUUUUUACUGGGUUUCAUUGGUUCUGGACUGGGACUCAUGAUUUUUCACAAGACGAGUCUCAGGACUCACCAAAACUAUUUGUAACAAAAUCACUGUCUUUGGUGGUUUCUGUCUCUCCUUAGAAAAUAUAGUGUUUCAGCUAGAUACCACCUUGUCCUCUUGGUCCCAGCCUUUGUUUUUUUUACCUGAAGAUUCCCUUGAUCACACAACAUCUGGUCUAUGAAAUUUAGUGUUAUACCUUUUGAUACUUGUUUUUACAGAUUUCACUUUGUCAGGGAUAAUAAUAUUCCUUUUUUAUUAAUUAAGAAUUUUAAAUAUGCCUUUAAGUUCUUUCCUACAUAGCCCAUGUUCAAUGAAUUCUAUCAUGACUCUGGUAACUCAAACUUCGAUGACUCGAAUUCCCUCCUAACUCGAACUAAAUUUUGUUUCCCUUGAUCAAAAUAAUAUUUAUUUACUUUCACCAUGGUUGUAUCAUCAUUAUUCACGAGGUUGUCACGUGCAAUAUUACUUAAUGAAACAGUCUUUAACUCUGAUGACUUGAUUCUAAAAGUGUUGUAAGUUACUGAUUCUUAAAAGAAAAGAGCCUUCACUGAAGGCAUUAGUUACAAAACUACUGUGAAAAGCAAGUCUGCAUGAGAUAUACAGUCACACGUUUGCACAUGAAAGUGUUGGAACUUGCCCCUAGCGUGGUCCGUACAUGAGGGAAUUCGAGGUAUGACACAGUAAUCCAGUAAAAAGGAUUAUAAAAAUAACUCAUGCACACAAUUUGCACCUGAAGGUGUUGGACUUUGUCCGUUUUACAGUUAAUACAUAAAAUAAUGCAAAUUGUUUGCUAGAAAAUUUACUCAAACGAUUGUUCGAAAUUACCUCAGCUUCACAAUGUCUACAAUAAUUAAAUUAUGCUUAAUGCAAUGUUAAGGUUGAUAGCCUAACAUUUGAUUUCCUUCCAAGAAAAUCAUCAAACUGCCAAAAUAUAUUUCUAGUCACAUCAUGUUAUGCCACUCAAUAAAGCAAUAUGUAAUUGUUUUGUCAACUAGCUUCUUCUCAUUUAAUUCCCUGACAUUACUGUUUCUACUUGAGUGACGCAUCUUUACUAAAUAAAAUAUGUUUCAAGAACUAUAAUGACUUUUAAGCAGCCAGCGUGUUUCAUGUUGUUCUCCUAAUUCUUUUUUUUUUUGGCUAGCACGAAAAAGGUCAGUUGAACUUUGUAAGCGAGAGAAGAGGCGCUGCCAGGGGGGUCCCAUGUCGCAAGUCUGAAUUUUAAAAGGUCUCGUGUCGGUGUUUAUAAAUGCUUGUCGCUUAUUGUCGGCUUUGCCAUCACUGUCACAAUUUGGGCGAGGAAGGUUGUCUCUUGUUGCGAUUUCAUUUUACGCAUGGUCGCCACUUUUUGGGCCAUGUCGCUUGUCGGAAUUUACCCUGGCAGGGCCUCAGAGAAUAAUGCUUGUUUACAGGUUUACCAAUGCUUGCUUUGCCUUUCAGACUUCUAAAACCACAAUUUAAACUAUAUAGGUCGCAUACUCCAGAAUUAAAGUCCAUAUCUAGAUUUCAAUUAUUGUUUCAUUGGAGCAACUUUGAAAAAUAUAUGAUCUUUUACACUCUACCUUGAAGCUGAUGAAACAGAACUCAUAAAUUAUGAAAUAUAUGUGUUAUACCAUUCAGAAUAGCCGAAUUAGGUCGGAAAUGUCUUGAAGCAGCACCCACAUUCACUGUACUCAGCAUUUGAAUCAUAAAGAUAUUUCAAUGUUAUGCUUCUAAACACCUUUAGCAGUUCGGGAGUAUGCCAGUUUUGGAAGAAGCGAUGACGUCACGAUUCCAUUGUUCUGCUAAAAACACGCAAAAAUAGGAAAAAAUAAUCGCAAGAAACAAGGGAGCUUUUUUCAAAGCCUGUUGCAGGUCUCCUCGUUCAAUAUCUGGGACUUCCGAGCUAGCAGUACCGAUGAAGAAGCCUUCUCCUUGUUUUUUAAAGUCAAGGGACGUUUCCUGUCAUAUUUCGGUAGUUAAAAGCGACAGUUUUCAAAUGGCCUUCGCCGCCGCCGCCGCCAUUUUGACGGGUAUCGAAUGUAAGUACAUGAAUUUAUGUUUAGUUUUCAGUAUCUUGCCGAAUUUUUACGAAAUCAAGACUAAUUUUCCUCAGAACUACAACAUGUAAAGUGUGUUCAGGCAAAGUUUCAUCGAUGGCAACAACCUAGUAAAAAUGGCAACCACACAUUGAAAAUUGCCAACGGACAGGAAGGGUUACUAAUAUUGAUGGUUAUGCCUUAGUCUGUCUAUGUAGUUUUAGUUAUAAUCGAUCAGGUCUGUUUUUGGUUGUGUUCACGGCAAUGUAUCGACUGUCAUCUAGAAAUCACUUUAUUGAUCCAGAUCAUGUGUGUGGAAUGAGUUUUAAAUCGGUGUGAGUAGGUUCUUAUAUUGAUUUCUUUUAUUUUGAUCAGGAUGUCCGUCCAAAAUGUACACAAACAUCUGGAGAUAUUACAAACAUGUUGUCGCGUUUGUGCCAAAAGGCUGGGAACAGGAACCUGGAAGACAAAAUGCUAAAUAUCUUCAGAACGACAUAUUUGUGCUCUGAGGGCAAAAUAUUGCUUUAGGUUCAUUUAUGUUCCACUGUAAUGAAAAAUUUAAUGUCCAAAUUCAACCCUACCUCAAUAAAAUUAAUCAUGUUUUUUUUUUUGUUUCUUUGUAGUGUGGUCACAGGCUUACCCACCACAAAAGCCCCUCCUUUGACCCUUUCAAAAAUGGGUAAGAGGGAAACAGGUUGGAGGGGGGCUUACAUACCUUGUGAGUGGAAGCUCACACUCAAUGACCAUUCAACCAUAGAAGAGACUGUGGCCUUUAUUCAAGGGGCUUUAAAGGAGGUACAUGAGGAAGGAGUCAUGGAAGUGCAGGCUUGUUAAGAUUUUCUCUACAUAAUGUUCAAUCCCUCGCGUCAAAUAUUGUUUAUACUUUACAGAUGCCAAAUACAUAAUAUGUUCAGUCCCUGUGCUGUACAAAAGGUCAAUCUGCAACAUGAAAAAUGCCACACUCUCCCCCAUCAAUCGCUGUUCAUGAGCAAUAAGCCCACAUUUGAUUUCAUAAUGUCGAAUAUGUGUGUAUUUGAAGAAAUCCUAAAUUAUUGAGAUUCUCUUGAUGAAAAAGCAUCUAUGUUAAUGCAUCGUCUUCAACAAAUCAUCCUCCCUAAUAAAUAAUACAUGAGAGACAUCUCACAAGAUAACUAUUGAAAAUCGAUGUCAGCUGCUACUGUCUUCAUUAUAUCAAAUAAGUUUUGGUUUUUGGUUUUCAUGUCCAAGAAGGUGUUAAAAAACAAGAUUUUGAGAUAAAAGAGUGUGUAUAAUAUGCGAGCCAGAGAGCCAUGGCAGCGAGUCAUGCAGGUCAGAAUCAAAAACAGUAAUACAGAAAGAAUUAACUGUCAGGACCUAAAAUCAAAUGUUUAUUUACAAAAAACAAAAUGUAACAAUAAAUAACUUUUAUUGUAUCUUUACUCUGAUGUGUGAGCUUUGUUUUCUUGAAAGUGCUGUUCAAUAGAAACAUGAAGAACCGGCUAUGAAAAAGAACUUUGGAAAACUUAUGUUGUGUCCAUGCCAAGUGCAGUAAUCAUUAUUAUUUUGGGCCAAAACUUGUCUAAUAGAAUUGUUUGAGGGUCCCCACAGAGAAGACUUGGAGAAAAGUGCUCCUCAAAGUUACAAUGCCUUUGGUUUAAAGGCAACCCCAGAGUUAAAAACAAUAAUUUAGUAUUAUUCGGAUGUAACAUCAAAUCCCAUACAAGAGGAUAUUUUAUAACAAACCAUAACCUUGUUGAUCUCUCACCUCUGGUCAAAUCCGGUGGACUACAAGACUAUAGUGUCCCAUUUUAAUCAAUAGAUCCAAAAGCAUGUAACAAGCAUAAUUCUUAGUUUUCCAAUAUGUUUAUUAAAUUCUAAAGAGCCUCUUGCAUUUGUUAAGCUUGUCCAAAUAAUCAGAGAACUUCAGAAAGUGGAAUAAUUGAAAGCAAUAGGUUUUUUUGAAGCGGGACAAAAACAAAAAUGAUCAGGGAUGAUAAGUAAGAUUUUCACUUUGUGGGUUUUCAAGAAGAAAACGAGGGCACAAAUACCCUCAGAAAUCCCUUGUAAACCUGUUGUAUACCUGGACGGAACCGCUUCAAGACAUAAACCAACAGAACAUCAUAUUCGAAAAAACUGAUUUUUUUACUCACAAAUGACUCGCUUGCACCAAAACAAUAACCUGAAUUAUAGCCGUCUUCUCCGGCAAGUCGCUCACUCGCGGGAGAGAAACAGAAGCAACGGGAAAAAUUACAUUAACACUUACUGUGAAAGCAAACAUAAGGAAACGAAUUAUAGAACAACUCACUUUUUAGUUGUUUCCAAAGCGUUCUUUUUUCCUUAUGAUAGAAAAAAAAAAUGAAAUAAAUAGGCACAAACUUGUUGGCGUGCUUACCUAUUUUCGAUGUACUGAUUACAGACGCAGUGAGUACGCAGUGCCUACUAAGCGCGCGAUAAGCGAAGAACUAUAGCGCAAGAAUGGUUACUCCCUGUCCUCAAGGUACUUCCCAAUUCAUAGUAACGAAAAGACAAAUAAAAGGCUCGAUAAAGCCAGAAUAAACGAGAAUUUUGGCCAAUACUCUCUCCUCUCCUCUCCCUUGUCCGCCAUUUUGUAUGUUUUGAAAAUGACCAUCGCCAUGGUGAUCAUGUUAUGGUUGGUGACGUAGACCAUUGUUUUCGCUUCUUCCAAAACUGGCAUACUCCCGAACUGUUUAGCCGUAAUAAAAGACAAAAAAAUGUGAAGAAUCAAGAUGGCGGUCUUAAAGUGCCCUUGUUUGACCUUAAGCCAAGUGAAUGUCAUGUUAGAUGCCAAAAUCUAAUAAUUGGUACCUAUGCAUCAACGCAUAGUACCUUCAACCUUAUUGGCCCCUGCAACAAACAUCCGAACAUACAAAGCCACAAGGGCAGAAAUAUACAUAUGCUCAAACCACUGACACAUGAGCUAUUUUUUCAAAAUAGCUCAAAAAGCAAUAGGCUUAUGAAGCAAAACAACAGUUUUGCACAAGCAUCAUGCUUUUUUGUACAUUUCUUUGCCAUCACUGCAUGACUGUGACUUGAAAAUAUCUAGUUUCAUGUUUUAUGGAGGACAAUAAACUAGCGACAACAAAUUUUUCUUUCUCUUUCUUAACUUGAGUGUGGUCCCCAAGAAAUCAACUCCAGGGAAUUUCCCCUACGUGUGACAUUUUCACUAAAUUGGAAUGAACAUGAUGUAGUUUGAAAAAACGUGAAUUCAUUUUAAAAGUGAUGUUUUCGUCAUUGGUGCUAAUUAAAAAGUUCAAUAAUUUCAGGGGAAAGUGUGAGUUUGUUCUUGUUGUUGUUUUUUUUUACAUUUCUUCUUUGUGAUCAUUUUUUAGCGGAUAGUACGAUAGAUAUUGGCAACUCUAGAUAUAAAUCAGAAGAGAAGGAGGGUAUGUGGCUAGGAGCAGUGGUAACUAGCACUGGCAAGGGUGGCAAAGCAAUGGUAUGGACAAUGUUACAUAAAUGGUAAAAGAUGUUGUAAUGAGCACACUUCAAACUCACCUUUAUUCAAAGUUGCCUUUUGGUGACCGAAAAUCAUUUGUCAGGAGGUACAAAAAGGACUCUUUGGUCAUGUUCUUUUUGGGCCAACCUAGAGGAGGUUUGACAGCAGUUCGCAAAGGAUCAUGGGGUAAAUUAUCAAGGAGCUCAGUUACAGAAAAAACUGUUAAGCUAGACGGAUCUCUGUGAACCACGUCUUUUUGCAGAUUUAAGCCACAACAUUGUGCUAGAAUUCAUAAUAUUUUCGCACAAAAGGUUUAUUUUAUCAAUCAUUUUAUAAAUUUCGCAUGGCUAAGUGGUUGAGAUGCCUUUAAAACAUCUUUUUUAGCGUCAUCGAAAGUUAGCGGGCUUUUAGACACCUUGCAAACAAAGCCAGCUGUAUCAGCUAUGUUCAUUCACCUUUCCAGACAGCGACGGUUAUUGCGAAUACACAUUCAACUGGCCAAUUAAGAAUUCAAAUGAUGAUGAACUUAGACAACUGAGACAACUUUCAAAGAACUGCACCUGUUGACCACUAUAAAAUCAGUUCAGCUGAAGCACAGACAUACACUUAACACCUUACUAGUUUCUUCAAUAAUCAUUGAUAGUGGAACAUUUUUCUAAGUGGAGGGGCUGACUGACUGGGGAAGCUUAGGAGAGGGAGGCUAAGGCUUAAGCUCUCCCAGCCCCUCGGCCUUACUGUGUAUGAUAUCUUUGAGAUCAUCUAUACAAAGUAACAAUGGAUACUUAGGUUAGCCAGGACUUGAAAAUCUGUGGUAUUCCUACUCGUUGCUCUCAGUACUAAAUACAAGUUACAUGCAAACCAAACUGCCUGUAAAUGUUCACUGAAAGAGUCAAGUCCCACUCGGAAUACAGAUGAUUUACUGAUAGCUUCUUUUAUUCGGUCAGGAAAAGUACAGGAAAAUAACUUUUAAAGAUUGCAAUUCUAUGUUAACACAAUGUAAGAGAUAAAAAUUUCAUUUGCCAACAGAGAAGCCUACCCAGAAGUUAAGGGGACAUUUACAAAAGCCUGUAAAAAUAUAUAAGUACCCAGGAGAGUAAUAGAUCUGAUUAAAUUUCACUGUCUUUGAGUAAGUAAUCUGGAAGUUAGAAUAAAAAAACUCAAAGUCAAUUAAUUUGAUAUCUGCUACAAAAAUGUCAGUCAAGCAUGCAGUCAAAGAUUUAGGUUCGUACGUUAUAGGGUAGGACAACAACUGCUUUGAUUCUUUUCUUUUACUUCAUUUAUAAGCUGACAUUUUUAAUUCUCCUUCGUAACAGUUUUACUUCAUAAAAUGUAAAAAUAGGCACAACUCACCAAAUCUCAGGAGCAAUAUUAUUGUAUCAAACAAUAAUUCAGUUAUCUUUUGUUCAGGAUUUUUCUCUGGCCCUGUGCUUGUUAAUCUAGAAAGAAAAGAAAUCACAAAAAACAAUUGAUUAGCACUUUCCUCCAAUGUCCCAAACAGAAAAAGCUUCAUAUGAUCAAGAAACAAAGAGGGCGUACUUUCACACUAACUUAAUGUUAUUAUUGUAGCCUUAUGAGAAAUGAAACAUGGUAAGAUAUGCUCCCAAAACAUAGCUCACAACGUAAUCCUGCUUUGAGCGGUGACACAGGGCUUAAUCUACGUGAAAAAAACAAUAAACUGUACUCAAUAUUACAAAAACCAAAGUUAAAAACAUUAGAGCACAAAUAAGAAUCAAAGUGUCGAUUUACAGUGAGAAUGUUUUCCCACAUGAGGCCGACUGAAGCGUGGUUACAGUCAAACCAGGUCAAGCGUUCCCAUCGCUAACGAACUAAUGAAUUCAUUAACGAAAAAAUGAUUUCGUUUGUUGACUCAAUAAUCCAUUCAUAAAAUGAACAAUCCAAUAUUCAUAUUUAGCCUCGAUUCAAUAAUCGAAUGUUGAUUCGAUUACUGUUUUUUUGAAAAACUACACUUUCCACAAGUUGACCUCAGAAUUUUGUUUUUCUUCUUUUUUUCUGAGAGUCGAGUGUGGGCAAGUUCUGAAGUUCAAACCCAAACAAACUGUUACAUGUACGCCAUUUUGCUGCCAGUAAUCAAUGCAACAGACCUGGCCUCUUAGAAAACACUACGGUCAAACUGAGGUCAGUGUAUGAGCGGUGAUUGGUGGAUUUCGAUCCUCGGCCUUUGUCAGUUUCUUUGCGUUUGCGGUCUGUCUAUUCUAGCUGUUAUUUUGAUUAAAGGCAAUGAAAAACGCAAUCGUUAACGGCAGGAAAGGGGAAGCAAAUACGAUUGAACACAACAGACGAGAAUAAAGAACAGGUAGUUUUUGUUCAUAAACCAAAUCAAUAUUUCAUUAUUGAAUCGAGGUUCAAUUUGACUGUUGGAUUAUUCAUAUUAUGAAUGGAUUAGUGAAUCAACCAACGAAAUCAUUUUUGCAUUAAUGAAUUCAUUAGUUUGUUAGCGACGGGAACGCUUAACCUGGUUUGACUGUAAGUGUCACACGUCGCAUCAUUUACCUCUGCACUUAACAUGCUUUAAAUGGAAAAUAACUCAGAAACUGUAGCAGGGGCGAUGGGGGGGGGACCGUACAAAGUUGAAGAUCAAUAUUUUUUCUUCAAAGUUUUGUGAAAAGUAGACCAGUCGAGACAAAGAAACGCGAAAGAGUCCCAUUUCAAAUGUAUCACUCAAAAAAACCAACAGGAGCAGCCAUUUUGGAUUUUUCGAGCAAAGCACGAUGAAAAUAAACCUUAAAAAUCAACUCACCUUGAAGAUUCUUGCAUCAAUACAAUCACGAGGGUCCAGGUAAACCAGCAAAGGAAAUUCUUGACGAAUCGAUGAUGGAAAAUGAGGAAAAACGUGAAAUAAUUGAGUUAAACUAUGUUUUGAAUUUUCAUCUCACGGUCUACUGCAAGAUGGUUUUCCUUGAUCAUGAUUGGUCCAAAUUGCUCCUGUGAAUCUUUGCAAACUGCUAUCCAACCUCCUCUGCGGCCAACCCUUUCAUCCAAAGCCAGUUUUGGUUGAUGUGGUUGAAGUUCCCAAUAGGAGACUUUUCCAACCAUUUCUGAUUGAAAUGAGGUUGUGACCAGGUAUAGUCAUUUCCAAUUUUCCUUGACUUCAGGGAUACAGGAUAAGUACAGGAUAAGUAAGGUUUCUUAACGUUUAAGGGAAGGUUUCACGGUUCAGUGCAUGCUCAUUAAUCAAAAAACUAUUUUUCUGGCGGGACAUGCUGUAUUGUCUAUGCAAGCAAAAUGAUCAUGUCAUAAUGUUAUCAAAGAACCAAUUUGCGCACUCCCCUGGGAGUCACUUGAUCAACUUAUGUGCAAAUAACUGUAAAUUCAUCAACCAUGGAAUGAAAAUUUAACAUUGGUAGUGUUGGCAUAAUCCACUAAUUUUUUCUGCGAUUUUAGUACUCCUCCAUCCUACUUCAGGUUACUCUGAAAUAUAGUUCUACUUUGAAAUACACUCUGAGAUUGCUAAGAUACAUGUAAGUGGGAUUAUUAACCUAUAGAAUUAAUAAUAAAUUGAAAAAAGUAAUUUAAUUAAUGAGCAUGCACAGAACCGUAAACCUGUCCCUUUAACUGCGAGUUUAUUGGCCAUCAACCAAUUAGAAACUUUCUCAAGUUCACAGUUAAAGAUAUCUUGUGAUGAGAUCAGCAUUUGAGAAAAGGACAUUGGAGUUGUCAGCAAAUAGUAUUAACUUAAGGAAACUUGAUGAAAGCUGAAUGUCAUCUAUAUAUAAAAAGAAAAGUAAAGGGCCUAGGAUAGAACCCUGUGGGACACCACAUUUAACUCUCUAAUACUCGGAGGCCACGCUGUUACAUUCAACGUACUGUUUUAAGAUCAAGACCCCUUAUACCAUAGUUACAUGGUUAACUGUGUCAAAAGCUUUAGACAAAUGUAAGAAAAUGCCAGCACAGUAAGUUCUUUUUUUCUCGUUAGACAAGAUCUCAUUAAUAAGCUGAAUGAGAGCUAAACUGUGCCAGUUAGCGGCUGCUGGCAGGGGUGCUUCCCGCUUCCAGGGUUGCCUGGUUACCUCCUUACCUUAUUUUUCGCAUCUGGCCUCCCCCGCUAACCUUUUAGGCCCCAGUUCCCAAGCUCAUCAAUUGGCGAUGACUUUAAUACCUGUUUAAGCCCCAAGAGUAAUCAAUAUUGUUGCAAACUGUAGUAGAAAGUAUCAAAAAUUAUCACAACUUCUAACCUGUACCUUUUUUACCUAGGCUUGUGCUCCCAGGUACGCUUUACGAACAACUUCACGUGAAACAAUAAAUGACUACUGGCCUCUUGGAAAAUGUUUUGAGCUUGACAAUCGCCUUGAUGUAGCGUUACGAGAUGAGAUUUCUCCCUGUGAAAAUGGUAACUGCAAAAUAAGUACUAGAUUAGUAAUAAGCAUUAAGGAGUGCAGGCGAGCUUAAAAGGUUAAAACACUCUUGCUCCAAAUGCUGUGCUGUACAUAAUUUUUACAUGAUAGAAGGUCCAAAUGGAGUUAGGACACAGUGCAAGCCACGCAAAAACAACAACAACAACAAAAAUUGAAAAGCAGUAAGACUCACAGAAAAAUAAACUCUAACCAUUGUAAAUGAGUGUUUAACUCUAAAAGUGCUUAACGCUAAUCCUUAAAUUAACGGUUGCCUAACCCCAGUCAGUUAAGCCAUUCAUCACUUCAUAGGAUUUCAUCUACAGACUCAAAAGUUAGAAAGACAUACUAAAUAAAAUAAUAGUACCAUGUGAAAGUACUGCUGAAGAGGUUUUAUUUGAAUGGUAACAUCAUAGGAUUUCAUCCACAGACUCGAAAGUUCGAAAAAUGUACUAUAUAAAUAGCACCAUGUGAAAGUACUGCUGAAGAGAUUUCAUUUGAAUGGUAACACCAUAGGAUCUCAUCCACAGACUCAAAAGUUAGAAAACAUACUAUAUAAAUGUUACCUAGUGAAAGUACUGCUGAAGAGGUUUCAUUUGAAUGGUAACAUCAUAGGAUCUCAUCUACAGACUCAAAAGUUAGAACUGCAUACUAUAUAAAUGGUACCAUGUGAAAGUACUGCUGAAGAGAUUUCAUUUGAAUGGUCACACCAUAGGAUCUCAUCCACAGACUCAAAAGUUAGAACUACAUACUAAAUAAAUAGUACCUAGUAAAAGUACUGCUGAAGAGGUUUUAUUUGAACGGUAACAUCACAGGAUUUCAUCCACAGACUCAAAAGUUCGAAAAACGUACUAUAUAAAUAGCACCAUGUGAAAGUACUGCUGAAGAGGUUUUAUUUGAAUGGUAACAUCAUAGGAUUUCAUCCACAGACUCAAAAGUUAGAAAAACGUACUAUUUAUAUUACCAGUAGAUGUGGAAGUGUUACUGAAGAGGUUUCAUUUGAAUGGAGGUUUCAUUUGAAUGAGGUUUUAUUUGAAUGGUAACACAUUUCAUAGGAGUUCUCAUCCACAGACUCAAACGUUUUAUUUGAAUGGUAACAUCAAAAACUCAAAAGUUACUAUAAAAUAAAUAGAUUUCAUCCAUAGAUGUUCGAAAAACGUACUAUAUAAAUAGCACCAUGUGAAAGUACUGCUGAAGAGGUUUUAUUUGAAUGGUAACAUCAUAGGAUUUCAUCCACGGACUCAAAAGUUAGAAAAACGUACUAUUUAUAUUACCAGUAGAUGUAGAAGUGCUACUGAAGAGGUUUUAUUUGAAUGGUAACACCAUAGGAUCUCAUCCACAGACUCAAACGUUAGAAAAACAUACUAUAUAAAUAGUACCAUGUGAAAGUACUGUUGAAGAGGUUUCACUUGAAUGGUAACACCAUAGGAUCUCAUCCACAGAAUCAAAAGUUAGAAAAACGUACUAUAUAAAUAGUACCAUGUGAAAGUACUGCUGAAGAGGUUUCAUUUGAAUGGUCACACCAUAGGAUCUCAUCCACAGACUCAAAAGGAAAAACAUACCAAAUAAAUAGUACCGUGUGAAAGUACUGUUGAAGAGGUUUCACUUGAAUGGUCACACCAUAGGAUUUCAUCCACAGACUCAAAAGUUAGAACUACCUUCCACGGCUCCAUCAUUUACUCUGGGUGUGAACGAACUUAAUGUUUCUAUUGACCAUCGAUAUCUGGUCAUCUCGCCACCAAACUAUCUCUCCACCAAGAAUAGAAAUUAGCAUAACAUUGUUUUGAACCUUCAUGAACCUGCCUCGUACCCAGACGUCUCUCUUUCAAGCGUGCGCGCAAAGGAAGGCGGGAAGGAGACAACGGGCGAGCCGUCUGUACCCUUCCCAUGGUCCCUUGCGGUUCAUCACCAGUCACUCGUUUGCCAUGCGAAAAACGAAGCGCCUGAGGAGGAGGCUGUUCAUGAACGGAAAUUUCUUAACCGUUACUUUAUUUUUAUAUUUCAAAGAAAUGACUAGUAGUUGUGAAACGUUUCUGCCAGUUUUGUAAUCUCUCAAAUGUCAAAGUUUACAUUUACAGAACCUAUAGAUGUAUUUAUUAAUUAUUGUUAUUUGCAUUAACAAGAGCGUACGACGUAAGGAACAUCUAUUAGGAUCGGCACAUUUGUAUUUGGAUCGACUUUAAAUUCGAAUAAGCUUGACGAAAAUCUUAGGUUAAGUAAUCCUAGGUAUUAAACUGUGUCAAUUAUUUCAGGGCUAUUCAGUGGUGGCGAGUCGACUUCUUGGUAGCGAGAUAACCGUAAACCUAACCGUCUAAAAUUCCAUUUUUAGAGCAAAAAGGCAACACAAGAUUUGGUUACUGUCAAGCCGGAUUCAGUGCAGAGUACAAUGGACAACAGUUUCUCAUCGGCGCCGUUGGAGCCAAAGAUUUUAAAGGCAAGCCUUUGGUUCAUUCCCUGUGAUAAAUACAAAUGUAGAUACCGUAAAAUUCCAAAAAUAAGCCCCGGGGCUUAUAUUAUCCAAAGGCCCUUUUUGAGGGGCUUAUUUUUGGAGGGGCUUAUAUUCGGAGGGGCUUAUCUACGGAGGGAAAUUUGCGUUUCAAAAUCGAUUGAGCUAGCCUUAUAGCUGGAAGUAAAUUUACUCUUUUUGCUUUGUUUUACUUUGUAUUUGAGGGCAAUUUUCCAAGUACAAGCCCCCGGGGGGCUUAUAUUUGGAGGGGCGAUUUAACGGAAGGUUUUUCGCGUUACCGGUUUGGGGGGCUUAUAUUUGGAGGGGCUUAUACAUGGAGGGGCUUAUUUUCGGAAUUUUACGGUAGCUAAUUAAAAUAUAUUUUUGGAGACACAAUUCAGCAUUUUGAAGAUAUGUUUCGGCGUGACUCGAGCCGUCAUCCUAGUAAAAAUUAGGGACCUUAAGAUCCGAAAACGGCGACGGCAACGAGAACCUCGAAAAAGUAAAAGAGGUUUAAUAACCAAGACAACAAUUUUGCACGUGCAUCAAGCUUUCUUGUACAUUUCUUUGCCGUCCCUGCACGACUGCGACGGAAAAAUGGCUAAUUUCACGUUUUACAGAGGAAGUACGCAAGCGAGGACGAAAUUUCCUCUCUCUUUCUGAACUUGGAUAUGGUUCUUAGGAGUUCAACUUUAGGAGGGUUCACCUAUAUGUGACAAAGUUAGUGACUUGGAGUAAUCGCGAUGAAGAUUGAAAGAGCGUGAAUUCACUUUUUCAGCGACGUUUUCGCUGCAGUCGCCGUCCUGGGAUCUUAAGCUCCCUAUUUAUUCCUUGCUUCGAUUUCUUCCUCUUAUAUACCCGUAGCCUGCGAAAACAUCAGUUUCUCCUCGCUCUUCGUAGCUGUGGACGUUUCGCGCGGAGGAACGUCUGCGACUCAGCGGCAGAAAUUCCAUACUGAUGACGCAAAUCAAUGUUUACAUAAUAAAUCCGGUAGUCAUGGGGUUUCACAUAUAAAUUGGUCCAAUUUUAUGUAUCCUCUGGUCGAUUUUGGUAAAUUGUUAUGUUCAUCUGCCAAAGAGCUCCAGCAAAACUCAAAUACUUCUUCUAGAGAAGACUAUAAUCCACAUAUAUUGACUGUUUCAUCAGAGAUUCUUCACAUUUACAUUUGACCUCUGUGGCCUUUUGUCUUUUGUCUGUCAAGACUGUCAGUCGUAAACAAUAGCUAAAACAAUGUAACUUCUCUGUCGACCAACCAGCGCUUCUGACCGGAUUCCGGACAGAUUUUACGUCAUCAGGAUGAAAUUUCUGUCGCUGAGUCGCAGACGUUCCUCCGCGCGAAACGUCCGCAGCGGCGAAGAGUGAGGAGAAACGGAUGUUUUCGCGGGCUAAUAUACCCGAAGACCAAAGAUGAUACAAAAAAUUUCUGAUUGGAUUGCAAUGACAGAUGCAAUUUAUUUGAAAAUCAUGACAAAGUUAAGCAUCAUCACAGGGCUUGUAAAAAGUCCCGUCCGGCCGUUAGUCUGGGACAUGUACUUGUAAUUUUUAAGGUAGCUCGGUGGUGUUUUCCAGGGUCAAUACCUCCCAUGUUUGAGCAUAAGCUAGGUCGUCAUUAACAAAGAUUUGGAAACAUUACCAACACCCUGACCACCACAGCUUUAUCAGGUUAAGAAGAACAUUUUUUUAUUGUCAGGGUUACAGUGACAUCAGAGUUGUCAUAGCAACGAAUUGACACCAUUAUCUAUUUUACUUGCAGCCGUAUUUCUCGGCACUGGGAACUGUCCUUCCAAAAUCGUUUACGGGAGCUUUUUCCUCCAAUAGCUGCCUCGAUGUUCGUGAAGUUUAAGCAAAAUCUAUGAGAGCGGUAUCGAGAUAUUUUGGGAUGAAGUUUUUAUGAUCAGAAAUACGGUAAAAACUAGACAAUCUUGAUGGCCUUUUCGGGGAUGUGUCGCUGGAAAGCGUAUGGUUUUUGUCGCCUCCGUUCUAAACAGAGUAUUUAUUUUGUGCGAGUCUGUCUUAAACAGGGUAUACAAUUUUGUGUGAGUGAGUCAGUGAGUCUGUCCUAAUUACAGUCAAAUCUCGCCUUGAGGACAACUCGCUAUAACGGACACCCCGAUAAAACGGACAGCAGCUAAAUCCCCGGCAAAAACAAAUUACAGACGUUUGACUGAAAUAAAUUUCCGCUAUUACGGACUCUCGCUGAAGAGGACACUAACUCGAGGUCCAAAAAGGAAUGAUUAUAACGUAAAUUUGCUCUAUUGCAAUUGCCAAAAAAAGGGGGGGGGGGGGAAUUUUGUCUCUGGUCCUGUCCUGAACAGGGUAAUUAAGUCGAAGGUGGUACAAGUUUCAAACCCUCAGUGGCUCAUUGGUCGAAUACCCCCCCACCCCCGGUCUUCAGUAUGUCUGGGUUGAGCUCGCUGAAAUAAGUUUAAAUGUUAUACUAUUGUGAGAUAAUCACUCUGAAUUUCUCCUCAGGUGGACUGUUUAUCACAACUGAUAAACAAGAUUAUUUUAAAUCUGUGGUGGAUCAACUUGAUAAUUCAGACCUCAUGGGUGAGUCUUAAUUCAAUGGAUUUACAGUCGUUCAGCCAACGUUCUUUUCGCUUACCUGUUAAGUUGUUUGGCCAACUUAUUAGGUCAGUUCCCUUACUUUUUUCGCCUGAUCAAUGGCUUAAAGAACGAUGUGUACUACACAUGUAUUGUGCGUUUCGUUUCUUUAGCGGUCGAGUUAAAGGGGCUGUGUCACGGCAGUCCCGUUCAUUUUGUUUAAUUUUGCCAAUUACUCGCCCUCAAUCGCUGUGGAACUUAAAGUAAGCAAAGAAAUUACAUGUAAAUGACAAAUUCAGAGAACCGAGACAAACAAAUAUGUCUCCUGAGCAUUAUUUUUGAAGUUGCGAGCAGCAGGGAUCAGCUUUGAAAAACUGUUAGGCUGAACAGUUUUAAAAAAUCCUAAUUUCAAUCCGUUUCAAUCUUCUUCAGUUUUGCCCAUCCAUGACAUUUGUUGUUUCUGUUAUGUUAUUUUAACCUUCCUUUAAAGUUUUAAGUGGCAAUUUUUAUGUUUCUCUUAAUUUAACGGGCAUUUUGUAAUUUCCUAAUUUGGCUGAAUUUCGUGACACAUUUCCUUUAAGACGUAAGCGAAAGGGACGUUAGCGAAGCGACUCGUAGGCGAACCUACCCGUCACGUCAUACAUGAUGGUAAUGAGAACGCCAAGAAGGCAGGAGCUUUCAUAGGCAAAACGUUGUGCAUCACACGGGAUCAGAGACAGGUUUUUGGGUAAAUCUCGCGAAUGCGGAAAACUGCAAAGGGUAAUUUACAACAAUUUUAUUGUUGUAGAUCAUGGAUCAAAUAGUUUGCUAUUUGCUCUCAUAGUAGUUUCUGUUACGAAGAUGUACGAAUCAAUGACCGAACGAACGAACACAAGAAUUGUGAAAACACAGGUAAAUUCUAAAAAUUUCAUGUGUAAAAUUUCAUUUUGUGAAAUUUUACAUUUAUUUUCUAGGGCUCCCACGAGAAAUUUAUUUUGGUGUUAUUGCAGAUGACUAAUUACAUCUUUAGCCCUUGAAAAAUUUGAAAAAGAAUGCAGUGUACUUUAAAUUAUUCUGGUACAUUUUUUUUGUCCACUGAAAAUUAAUAUUACUCAUUUUCCUGAUGGAUUUCGAAAAAACCCUCUUGGCUUACAGUCAGACUUCUUUUUCACUUAUCGUGAAGGUUUAGCGCGCCUGCGAACAGCAGACGCAUUUCCGGUCGUCGCUUCUCUCCCUCCGAAAAUAGCUAGCUAUUUUUCGGAGUUUCGGAGAGAGAGAAGCGAGGACCGGAAAUAAGUCUGCUGUUCGCAGGCUAAGGGUUAGCUAGCCUGCGUGGCAGGCGUUUGAAAGGAAAGGGAAAGGGAGUUUAAGGUGCGAGGGAAACGCGAGGGGCGGGCGAGGAGGGAGCCCUCCUCGAGCGCAAAACCCCCUUUCCAACGCUUGCCACGCAGGCUAAGGUUUAGCCUUCGCUGCUGGUGUAGUUCACUCACUCUCUCUCUAAAAAACCCAUUCCUUAGCAGCUCUCUGUUCAUUUGCUUGCGUGGAUAAUAUGUUUACCCAGAAAGAAGUAAUAAGCUCCUUGUUUGCCUUAAUGAUUUAGAACAAAUUAGAACGAAGCUUCUUACUCUUUAAAGCUCGUGUCAACUUAUAAUGAAUGAGUUUCUCAAGUUUAAUAACUAGAAAGGGCGAAAUGUCCAUUUAACCCUUAAGAGCCUUAAGAGCCUUAAGAGCCUUAAGAGUGAUCAGCUUCAAAUUUCUCCUUGUGAUAUUACUGCUCUGUAAAACCGAGUGGUCAUGAGAAUUACGGACAUGAUUACACAAGAUGAAUUUGCUUGAUAUUUUAUCAACUUCUCCCCACUACUUCAGUAGGAAAUGAAUGGGGGCAACAAAUGAGAAUUCAAAUUUUGAUCUUAGGGUUGAAAGGGUUGAAAGAUAAUUGUUUUCUGAGGGACAUCAAGUUUGGAGACAAGAUGUCACACUCUCAAAAAGCACACUGUUAACUGAAUAUUACACAUCUUCGAGCAUUUUCGAUAUUAUGCUUUUAUUUCCUUGUCUUUUUAGGCUAUUCUGUGGCUAGUGGAUCUUUCACUGACCCUAACGGGAGGCGAAUAGGUUUGCUGUAAUUGUGAUUUGUGUACUUUGUGGAUUUUUUUCGGCGCUUUUUACACUUGUUAAGCCUAGCUUAAAUUAACGUCAACGAUUUUUCCUUCACAGACAUGCUUUUCCUGUUGUUCUCGGAGAAUAGGUUUUAAUGAAGCUUUUCCAGUUAUAACCAUGUUUUGCAGCUCCCUGACAGAUAUGCCUUAGCCAAUUUUCGCCUCAAAGGCAUGAAAAAAAAAUUAGUAAUGUUAGUUCACUUUGUGUACCCAAGAGUAAAAGUAAAAUUUUGAAGUCUUACUUUUCUUCUCUUAUUCUUUUCAGAAUAUGUUGGCGGCGCCCCCAGGGCUGAUAAAGUGAAGGGGAAGGUAAAAAUCUAAAGAAUUUAAUUAUACUCGCUUAUUGCUGGUUUUCAGUGUCACGCCAUUCAAAAUAGAUCAAAAUAAAAAUCAAAACCGUUCAAUAGAUUAAGUCCAGAAUCUGGGAAAUGAAAGGAGGUGAAAGACCCUGGCCAAGAUUCAGGUCAGAGGAAUAUUUCGUAUACGAGAUAUCCGAAGAAAUAUUUUACCCAAAUUUUUAGAGAUUUGUAUAGAGACGCCGUGCUGGUGCCCAUCCGGAUGAGCACCAACUUGGCGGACGGAAACCAGCAGAAACGUCUGUUACCGAGUUUUGCUACAAAAGCGUGAAUUUAUUCUUCGAAGAACUCAUAAACAUUAAAGUAAUACUUUUUCUAAUACAUAAACUGUUUAGAUAGCAAAAUUCCUUGAAAUAAGUCAUUUUUUUAAUCUACAUGACAACUCUCUCGGCCGUCAUGUAAAUGCCGCGUCACGCAAAAGCUAAGCAAUUCAAGUGUCCUCUAUCACAAAACAAAGAACCCUUUUGAAGGGAAAAUUUGUAUGAAAAUUAGUUUUCAGCUGCUCUAAUACAUCGUGAAUGUAAAAUCUCGGUAGCAUCGAUAGUUCUGUAGUUUGAAUUUUAUUGACGUCAAGUGAAAAGCAACAAUUCCCUGUUCUGAAAUCGUGCCGUGGCGAAGCCACCACGUGCCGCUUGUCUGCACCUCACUGAAUCCUUUUUCUUCUAGUCCACGUUGGGCAACAACAACGUUAGAAGAUCAGAGCUCACAACUCUCCCACACCAAUUCUCCAGUGCAAUUGUGUUACACUAAGUUAUCAUUUCUAUUUUGAUCUUCAGGUCAUCAUUUAUGCCUAUGAUAGAAACGUGAGAGCCUUGUCAGUGAAAAUGGUAUUGCCUCAGCCUGCGGGAUUACCGGUACGUGAUCUAAAUGUGGUUUUAUUGUGUGAUAGUACAGUAAAAAUUCACGUAUAUGAGCAUCAGUAGACAAAACAGUGAGAGACUCGGGGGGGGGUCCAAGUGGGAAAUUGUCUUCUCUACGGGGGGGGUCAGGAGUGUUUGUGCACAGGAAGUGUUGUUCUGCAUCGUCUCUCCCCCACAUAAAUUAUGACCGGGGGGUGGCGCCGAAAAAAUAUCUGUGAGCCCUACGGGAAUCCGUGGAGGCUCCAUUCCACCGCUAGGCUCGCUUCGCUCGUCGAUGUUUGUUUGCUGUUCAUCCCGUUUUGCGCCUUCCCCCUUCUCCCCCCCCCCCCCUGGUCCUAACCUAUGCAAGUCGUUGACCAUGAGUAAUAUCUCUGUUUCUUUCUUUCUUUCUUUAUUUUUUUUACAGAUAGGAACCUACUAUGGCAGUGCCGUUCUUGCUGUGGAUCUUAACAAAGAUGGGUAAGUCAUUUUCGGCUCGUCCAGCAAUCGCCUUAGUUUAUAUUAAGCUGCCCCUAAGUGUCUUGAUCUCUUUUGUCACAGUUGCUCCAACGAUGGGUAAACAAAAGCUAUCGACCAGUCAAUUCUGCAAUGAGGCUAACUAAUGUUAACUGAAUUUACGAUUGAAGAGUUCACGUGUGAAAAUUUUUCUAAUUUUCCGAUUGCUGUUCCAUUCGCUCUUUUUUCAAUAUUUCUGGAAAUUGUUAGUCGAAUGGAAUGUAAACUAGAGUAGUUGCACCGUUGCACGGAAUAACCUGCUAACUGAAGUGUACUACGAUAUGAAGGUAAAUUUCAAAAAUGCCUCGUUCUGAUAGUUCUGCCCAAGAGGUUUUUAAGUCAAAUCUUUAUUAAGAAGCCACCCCUCCAUUUUGCGGUCGCGGACACCUCUUCCAAGACCCCAACGAGUUUAAGACGGAAUCUUCAUGAAAUUGAGUAAUUUUAGUUUUCAGUGGACUAAAAUCUUGUACCAGAAUAAUUUAAAACAUAUUGCAUUCUUUUUUACAUUUUUCAAGACCUGAAGAUGUAAUAAAUCAUCUGUAAUAACACCAAAGAAAAUUUCCCAUGGGAGCCUGAGAAAAUGAAUUUCAAUUUUCACAAAAUUACAUCUCUCAUAUGAAAUUUACAGAGAUUUACCCGUGUUUUCACAAUGUUUGGGAAAUUUGACUUUCAUUUCUCGGACUCCCAGGAGAAAUUUUCUUUGGUGUCAUUACAGAUGACUGAUUACAUCUUUAGGCCCUAAAAAAUGUAAAAAAGAAUGCAAUAUUCUUUAAAUUAUUCUGGUACAAGGUUUUUGUCCACUGAGAAUUAAAAUUACUCAAUUUUCUAGUGGAUUGCGUCUUAAUUUUUAUUGUCUUCACCUCUUUUAAACGUUUACUUUGUCAAGAUGUACCAGUAGAUCAGUACACUUUUGAUGGCGUUUAGCAGUGGUCUUUGACUUCCUUUCUUUUGGCACCAGAAGAAGUGGAAACAUCAUUUAAUCCAUCAAUCUGGAUACCGUAUUUAUUCGAAUAAGCGCCCAACCUCGAAUUAGCGCCCACCUCGAAUAAGCGCCCAUGCUAAAGGCAGAAAACGUUAAUAAGCGCCCAGCCUCGAAUGAGCGCCCACCCCACCCCACUCCCUCCCACAAAAUCUCCAAUAAGAGAUAAUAAGAGACUUGCCCGAAGACGGAGUUUUCUUCAGAGUAUUUUACAGAAACCUUGCUUUGUUACAUCUUCGCUUUUUCUUAGUACCAUUUACUGUUUUGUUGCAAAAUAUGCUACUACACUUGCUGAGAAUGGUGAAAAUCUAAUAAGCGCCAAGCCUCGAAUAAGCGCCCACCUCGAAUAAGCGCCCACUCUCAAGGUCCAAACAUUUAAUAAGCGCCCAGGGCGGUUAAUCGAAUAAAUACGAUAUUUCACUUUCUCAUCAUCCUGAUUUUUUUUAAUGUGUUAAAGGAGCUGUGUCACGAAAUUCAGACAAAUUAAGUAAUUACAAAAUGCCCGUUAAAUUAAGACAAACAUAAAAAUAACCGCUAAAAACAUUAAAGGAAGUUUAAAAUAGCACAACAGAAACAGCAGAUUCCACGGAUGGGCGAAACUUAAGAAGAUUGAAAUGGAUUGAAAUUAGGGUUUUUGAAAACUGUUCAGCCUAACAGUUUUUCAAAGUUGAUCCCUGCUGCUUGCAACUUAAUGCUCAGGAGACAUAUUUGUUUGUCUUGGAUCUCUGAUUCUGUCAUUUACAUGUGAUUUCUUCGCUUACUUCAAAUUCCAUAGCGAUUGAGGGCGAGUAAUUGGAAAAAUUAAACAAAAUGAACUGGACUGCCGCGACACAGCCUCUUUAAUCAAACCAGUGUUCAACGGUCAAUGUGUAUUAAUCGCUCGGUUGGCCACUCCCAAAAGUUCCCAAACACCGGUUUGACUGAUUUGAAUGCCCACGUUACUUUAUUUCUUCCUGGCCGUAAACAAUCAAAACAAAAAUUUCUGCAAACGUUGGUUUGUCUUCAGGCAUAUGGACAUUCUAGUGGGCGCUCCGUACUACACUACUGUAAAAGACGAGGGACGAGUCUUCAUCUACUUGAACAACGGACAGGUUUGUUAUUUUUUUUCAAGGGACUGACGGUAUGAAAAUCCUUAAGCCUUCAACCCCCAAUAAGCAGAUAUAAAUUCCCCAAACUGAUCUCCCCCAUAUAUUUCCUUAACCCUUUCACUGCCAGAGUGUGUGUGAGAGUUUUGUAAGGUGACUCGAACUUUUGAGUCUGUGGACGAAAUCCUGUGAUGUGACCAUUCAAGUGAAAGCUCUCUGCCUGAACUCACACAUGGUGCUAUUCGUUGUCCAACAUUUUACAAAAUGAAAUUUGGAAAUCUGGUCGAAAUUUUCCUUUGGCUAGAUUUGGCAGUGAAAGGGUUAAAGAACUAGUUGAGAAAAUUUGGUAAAUGAUCCAUGCUUUUGCCUGAGGAGAUCAUUUUAUUGAUUCUCAUCAUCUUUGCUCUUUUUUAGGCUACAUCCAUUGGAGGUCGUUUAACCCUUUAAGUAGUAUUUGUUUAGUCAAAUUUUUCAAGUGACUGAAGCCUUGCGAACAGAUGUUUAGCGAAGGAUAUAAAGGGAAUCAUUUGCUUUGAUUGGUUACCUGAGUGGGUAUUAUCCAUUAACCAGGCGUGACUCGUUUUUAUGCAAAUGCGGAAUAAGAAUUCGGUCAUCAUGCAGCCAUUUUGACCUCGUUCUUCGUCAACAACGUUUAUUUCUUCCAUGGAGUCUUAGUGCCUGUUUACCUGGAGGUGGGGGACCCCAGAUAGGUGAGGUAACAUGUGUUGGGUUACCCUACCUAACGUGUAAACGUGAUCAAAUUAAAAUGAGAGAUUAUAUGGACAGGCGGGUUACCCCACCUUAGCGGGUUACCUUACCUACUUGUGGUCCCUUACCUCUAUGUAAAGAGGCCCCUAAUCUAUCAGUACAUGAAAUUUUAGUUGUUCUUUUUUUUCCUGGCCGCAGGGUGUACUCGAUUUACAAGACAGCUUUCUAGAGGGGGACAGAAAAGUCAGUGCGCUUUUCGGCCACUUUAUUGCUGCUGUUGGAGACCUGAACAUCGAUGGAUACCAAGGUAAUUGUGGAAACAUUCAAACGCACCGCUCAUAGGGGAAUCCAGGAUUUUUCUAGGGAGGUGUUGCACCACUAACGAAUGGCGAAACUGACUGGUCACAUAAACAAAUUUUAAUACAGAAUACCAGUUGUAUCAGAAAGCCGCAGCUCAUCUCAUGGGGGGAGGGGGUGCGCACCCCGCUGCACCCUCGCCCUAAAUCCGCCCCUUGCUCUUCACCCUGCACCCAGCUUGCAAAAGCUUUCUUGUUUUCGCACUCGGAAGAACGAAGCAGCGCGAGACUUGCGCGACGAGGGAAGGCGCCUUCCCUGGUUACUGAUCUGAUUUGUCCGUUAAGGGGUGAUUACAGUUAAACGCCUUGUUUGUAUUUUACGUGAGCGCUUUUUCUUGAAAAUCUCGUCAAAAUAAAUCACAUCCUGAAAUUCUUAGUCUCCCACGCAGGCGUUUUUAGGGGAGCUCGUCUUUCAUACCUCCCCACAAACGCCUGCUCAACCGAAGACAACAUUCCUUUGCCAAGCUUAGCCAAUCACACUGUAGUUUCCAAAUUCUGGAAAGUUGACCUUGACCGCAGGGUAAUCUGAUAAUUACUCGAUCUGCAUGAAACACUGGGAAAGCUUUCUGGCCUCUAACAAUAAUUAUGUUAGAUUCAGAGUGGCAAAAGUAAGAUUUAGUCAAAUUUGAGAAUACUCUAUGCAUUGCAGAAGCUUGGCGAAAGAAGGAAAAGGCCCGGGGGGGUACUUUAGGAAUUUCUGGGUGAGGAUGUGCCGCUGGGACCCUGGAACCCUUGACCUAUACCAGAGCUAGUUCAGCUAAAUUUUGCUACCUUAUACUAGCGUAAACUCCCCAAAUCCCCCCUAUCCUAGAGUAGCUGUUUCCCUAGUCGAGGUAAAAUCUUCAACCAACUGAUCAGUUCCCUGAAAAAUGAUACCCUAUUCUAGACCCAAACGCUCUGAUUUAUAUACCCUAUCCUAGAGUAAACUGCUUGAAAACCAUACCCUUCACAGCGGCACAUACCUAUAUAGCCCAUAUAUGGCAGUACCCCCCCCCCCCCGGGGGGAAAGGUAACCCUAGGGUCACGUUUUAGUCGUGUUUUGCCUAUCAACAGUUCAUUUCACAACUGUUGAUUGGUCGCUUACCACGCAAAUAAAACAAUGGGAAAGAAAUUUUGUUUGUGGGGAGGGAUGAAAAAUGAGCUCCCAUAAAAACGCCUGCGUGGGAAGCUACGAAACUCUUGGAACGACGAGUUUUUGAGAAUUUUUUUGGUGAUUAUUAGAAUGUUUGUAAUCAAUAAAAUUUUGAAGGGCGAAUGUUAAAAGUUAUGGAAAAUUAAGAAAACAUUGGAUUGAAAAUUAAAAUUGGAAGUGAAUAAUUAAUAGACAAAAGACCAGACAGUCCGCCACCACAACGAGGUGGUCGUGACCCGGGGGGGACUCCGUAUAUGAAAGGGGUGGGGAUGCUAGUCGUCUCGCUUAGGGGUGUAAAUUUCGGAUUUUGGUCUCGCUUAGGGUGUUUUGGGCAAAACACUCUUAUAUUUAGCCGUAAAGGUCUCUUUUAGGAUUGCACUCGAAGAAAUAUUAAAAAAUUAUAUUUUUUCAAUUCGUUUUAGUUACUCGAUUCAUGUAAUCAAAGUGUAAAGUGAUCGCUUUUAGGGGUCAAAAAGGUUGAGCCACGCCCAAAUUGGUCUCCUUUAGGGGUUCAAUUCAAAAUUUCCGACGAGCAUCCCCACCCCUUUCAUAUGCAGAGCCCCCCCCUCCCCCCCCGGGGGCCGUGACUGGUUUACGUGUAUACCCUCUUCUAUCCUUCUUUCUUACAUUCUCAAUUCAACCCCAGUUCCCCUUAAAUUCAACUGUAAUCCCCCUUAACUCGCGCUGUUAUUAAUCGUGCAAUAACCAGGGACACCCAACGUCAAUUUUUGGAAAAUAUCUGUUCGGAAGACGAUAUUAGAUCUAGAAUUUUCGGAACAUUUUUUGUAAAAUUUCUUGCUUGCCUGCCUCUCCUAAAAAAUGGUAUAAUUGCCCCUUUUUAACUGAUUUUUAUCCUAAAAAGGUCACCUAGAAUUUUCGGGAGCCCUUUUUCUGGCUGAAAUUUUCGAAAAGGUAAGUUUUGAUCCCUAUAAUUUUCGGAUCACAAGACUUGCAGCUAGGAAAUCCGAACAGAUGAAAAACUUUUAGGGAACAAAAAUAUGCCUAUAUCUACCGUUUGAAUACUAAAAUACGUUUAACAAUGCUAUAUUUAAGUGGUUUUGAACUAUAUUCUCGUUGGGUGCCACUGAAUAACAACAGGAGUUAAUUGACCAACCAUGGCAUGACUCUUUCGUUGAAACCAUCCACUGUGCAUCGCUCCUCAGUCAUUUUCCUUGGCUCAAUCAAGAUCAAUCAAUAACCGGGUGGACACUCUGAAUCUUUACCAACAGAUGUUGCUAUCGGGGCUCCACAAGAAGAAGGCUGUGGUGCUGUUUACAUUUACCAUGGCAGCGCUAAGGGGAUAGAGUUGAAGUACAGACAGGUAUAUGGGCUUUUUACACCUCUUUACCGAUGCGGCGGCCAUAUUGAAUUAAUUGGAUUUAAGGAGUAUUAUAGGAUGCCCAGGGGGCAGGAGCGCAUUUCGUUUGUAUUUACGAUUGUUUUUCGGGGCAUUUUUUCUCAAAGUUUUGUUAGAAUAAGAUUGUAAUGGGAAAAAAGAUCGUUGUGCCGUUUUUGGAUGUAAUCAUGAUCGCCUUUUUCCCGAGAAAUGUACAGUGAAAGACCAUAUUUCUAAUACUAAGCUAGAAAAAGGCGAUGAUUAUUACAUCCAAACACGGCACAAUUAUCUUUUUUCCCAUUAGAAUCUUAUUCUAAGAAAAUUUAAGAAAAAAUGUCCUGAAAGGCGCUCGUACAAACAAACAAAAUGUGCUCAUGCCCCCUGGGCAUCCUAUAAUACUCCUUCAAUCAAAUUAAUUCAAUAUGGCCGCCGUAUCGGUAAAGAGGUUUAUUGACCACUCCAGAAAAUACCAUAGCAUACCACAAUGCUCUUCGUUUGUCACCCCAAAAGUUUGCAUAAGCAUUGUUUUCAGUUUCUCUUGGUGCCAUUUUAACUCCCAAGAGAAACUGAAGACAACGCUUAUGCAAACGUUUGGGGUGACAAACAAAGAGUAUUAUGGUAUGUUAUGGUAUUUUGUGGAGCUUUCAAUGUUAGUUCAUUAUUCAUUUUUAGUCUAUUUUACUUGCUGUGAAGCGCAUUUGAUCAUGCACCAUGGAAAGUUGCGCUGUAUAAGUUUUAAGUGUAAUAGAUCUCUUUUGCUUGUAUGUUUUGUUUACGCAAUAAAGGUCACAGGGGGACUUGACCCUUUGUCUUUUCAUAAAUUAUGUGUACAUAUGCAUGUGAGUAAAACGAAAUUUGAAAGAAGCAGUUCUCUAGAGUUUUAUCACAUGACCCGUAUUGGGAAAACAAAACAUACAAGCUAAAGAGGUCUAUUGUAGUGUCUCUUUGUAGUAAUCCACUUUUUCAAUUAAUCAACAUCUUUAACCGAUUACCAUCGAUUCUCGAACACAAAAACCUUUUUUGGGGUGCCAAAAACACUGGUUUUUGCGUCCAAAAGAAAUGAGUGUUCGUAAUCAACUCUAAAGGACGCUCACUGAUCUGGCUGGAUUAGUCGUGAUUAAAAGAGGAAUUCUUUUUACAAUUUGACCGGUCUGGCAAAUGGAAAACACCCUAAAGAUCUACAAUUACUUAAAAUAGUGCGAGAUCAGUUUAACUUUGUGAAAGACAAGGAGUAACAGUCUUAUCAGUAGCAUUCUCAAGCUUUUUUUUUUGGCUUGUUGGCGAACGUUUAGCGUUUUGUAGCAUUUUGUAGCAAAUAACAUCGAUUUUUCAAGGUAAAAUACAUUUUUUCCAUCCUUUUCCCAGAAAGGGCCCCUCCACAUUACUUGUUCAAGCUAUCUCCGAUCCCUUGGCACAAAAACGGGCGAAGCAGUUUGAGUGUUCAUUGGCCUUUCGACUGAAGACUUCUAACAUUGUAUUUGGCGUCUCUUUUAGAAAAUUUUAGGGUCAGACGUAGAUCCAGGACUGAAGAUGUUUGGCAUUUCAAUAUCGGGAGGGCUAGAUGUGGACGGAAAUUAUUACAAUGGUAAGUCAACCUUUUUAAUCGAUUAAAAGUUCAGCGUGUCCGAUUCGGUGUUUAUUUGGAAAUCACAUUUCUUAACCCUUUAAGUCCCAAUAGUGACUGACAGCAAUUUUCUCCUAACGGCAUCCAUACAAUGUCAAGAGAUUAGGUUAUGAGAAUUAAUUAAAUAAUCACCUAAGAGAAAAUACUUUGAUCUUUUAUCAAAUCUAGCUACCGGUUUGCCCUUUAAGUAAUUUUCAAAGGGUCCACACACAUGAAGGAUAGGACAGGAUUAUAUUGUACUGUAUAUUCAACAUCUUCAUUGUCACCCUUGUCAGAUAUUGCUGUUGGAGCUUAUGCCUCGGAAAAAGCUGUUAUUCUAAGGUGCGUAUUUUUUUUAUUCCUUUCGAAAAAAUAGACUUCCGUCCCUUUACAAAGUGAGGUUGUGGAACUGAUUAAUGAGUGAAAGAUUGAAAGUAAUGGGAUGAAUGAGGUAAAUGGAAUAGACUGAGAAAAUGAAUGGAAUGGAACAAGUGAGGAAAUGGGAAGGAAUAUUCUGAUGGUGAAUGGACAAACGUAAAAAGAAGCAAUCUCCAUUUUUUAAUUUUUAUUUUCAUUCAGGUCCCGAAACAUUGUAAAGGUUGAAGCUUCUAUUACACUAAGUGAGAAACAAAUCUCUUUGGAAAGCAAUGACAGUAUGUGCGACUUAGGAGGUGCAAAAUACAAGUGGUAAGGUUUUGAGCAUUGGAUGAAAUUGGUCACAUGAUAUUAUUUGUAGGCUGUUUAAGGGUCUGUGUCACUACCGUCUAGUUCAUUUUGUUGCCCUUUUUCGCUAUGGAACUUAACGUAACGAAACGUAACGUAACUUAACGUAACGAAAUCACUUCAUGUCAAAAGAAAUUUGUCAUCCAAUCUUUACGUCUAACGUUAGAUGAAAAAGUAGAUGCAAUUCUUAAGUGUGAACAUUCAAGUGAAAGCUACUGAGCAGUAUUUUCUUAUGGUACUGUUUAUAAUGCUGUACAAGGUAAUUAUAACUUUUGAGUUUAAGUGUGACCGUCCGCAUGAAACAUUUUCAGCAGUAUUUUCAUGUAGUUCUGUUUAGUAUGCUGUACUAGGUGGAUCUAAACUUUUCAGUCCGUAGAAGAAAUUCGGUGAUGCAACCAUUUAACUGGAAAAACAAUUAUUUUACAGAAAAAGCAGGUGGAAUCAUUUUUAAUAAAUUUUCACUUUGUCCACUAAUAGCGGAGCUCUGGCGCGCGAAGCGCGGCUGCGGAGCACCAUGGGUAAGUAAAUCUACCCAUCCCAGAAAAUUUGGUAAUCACGUGACCGUACACCGCCCUCAGCCCGCCCGUCCGUCCGCACCACAGGGAAACCAGUGUUUAAUCCUCACACUUUCUAGCCAGUUUGGGAGCACAGGAAGACUCAUAUUGCACACAUAUAUUGCACAUCAGUGCUGUGAUCAAUUGACAGCUGUCAAAACAGAGUAUCCGCUGACCAGUAUCACCUGACCGUAUCGUGGGCUCAGGUGUCGACCCAUGGAGGUCGAAUAUCUUUUUGAAGUUAUCCGCUGACAAGUUACUAGUUUUCAAAUGAUCGCAGGCUCAAGUUUAUUUUUUUUUAAUUCAUAUGAAAUAUGUUGUGUUUUGUACGUGCCGCACAAUUAAAAUGUUGAUUUCAAACUGACCUCGGAAGCUAAAAUUCAGCCAGUUUUUACAGGCAGGGAAGACAUGCCAGUUGCUUUUGACUUUUCUCACCAAGGUCACGCGUUGGUCACGCUCUACGUCCAAUUGUUAUGCUCUGAUUGGUCCAAAUUUGACAGGUGAGUUCAUGCGGAAAAUUUAUGCAGCAUCUUGAAACUUGUUUACUUUGCUGAAGUUGACAGAGUUUUCUGUCAACUUGUGAUGUUUUUAACUGUCUUUUUCCACUGAAUGUACAAAAUGAAAUUCAGCUGCUAUCAAGAGUCUUCUGUUAAUCAUGGCUAGUUUGUUUACUGGGGUUUUGGUUGAAAAAUACGUCGCUUGUCAAAGUCGGAAAUCCGAUUUCGGAUGGCAUCGUUUUCGUUUCACCUUGCUUGAUGCGUAAGAGGGUUGAAAAGUCUGAAGCGAUUCUGGCUUUACUUGAUAGUUUUCAGUGCAUCUCGAAUGGUAAGCCUGAGAAAUUAUUGUAUUUGACGUUUGUUUUUUAAAUCUAAUUUAAUGAAGUCGAGCGUAGUUUAUGCGGCUAUUUAGUUUAUGCACGUUUUUAAUUGUAAGAUUUGAGACAAUGAUCUGACCGAGUAUUAGGUUUGAUUAUAAGCUUAUAGAACUUUAAAAAGCCUUUAGACAUUUCCUCACCGCAAAUAGAAAGAAAACGUUCCAAAGAAUAUUUAGUUAUAAUUGUGGCUGUAAAAGAAAGCUUUGAGCGAUUUUCUUGCCUCGAGUUCAUCUUUGAAAAAGCAAACACCGGGCAGCCGGCUUACCGAAUGAAAAACAUAAACAAGGAUUUUCAGAGACACUUUAAUACUUGUCUUCGUGAAUGAAAAUUGUUGUCUCUGUAUAUGUUUCACCGAAUUAUUUUCCUUUUAUUGAUCGUUAGUAGUCUCUUUUGCAAUUUUUAUCGCUGUGCCGUUUGUUUUCCGUCGCUCAUGAACAUCGCUUGCAUGCUGGAGUACUCAAAAUGCCGCACGUAUCAAACGCUUUUGACGAUUACACAUCGUUAUAAAACCAUUAAAUAAAAAAUAAACAUAAUAAAUUCUUUAUUAUGUUGAAGCGUAUAACUCUUAAACAGUCGACUUUGGCACUUGUCAAAAGUGAGAACCGGCUAGCCGUAUAGGUGAUUUUGGUAAUUUUUUUAACGGUUUCGCUAAAACCCACACGUGCUUCGAUCGUCCUGAAUAUUGAGUGAGUGCAAUUUGUAUUGCAAACUUGUGAAAUAAUGCAUUCUGUUCGAGGUCUGUAUGAUAAAAACAGCGCCUCUUGUUACUGUUUCACCUCAGAUGUGAUGUAUAAAAAGUAUAAAAGGUUGGGUUACACGUCCCCAGACUUGUUGGCAAGAUUUUGUAAAGUAAACUGGUCGAACGAAUUCGGCCUGAUUUGUUUUCCAAGAAUUUGUUUUCCAGGCCUAAUCUACUGUGAUCAAGAGCCCGCGCUCUUAAAUGUGAUCGAAGAUGAUUGCUAUUUUUUGGGUGUACAUAUAAGGCUAUCAACUCGAUGUAAGAUUAAGUUCACUCUUAGCUUGGACUGUUUGCAAAUUACUUUUCUCUAAAAUCACUUAACCUUUCCCUCAAAAGUCACAUGAAUGUGCUCUAAAGUUAACUGAAUUGUGGAAAAUAAGUUUAUUGUUUGAUUUAAAUUAUAAAUUCCAGUUAAUAUAUAGGAGCUUCGCUUUUAGCCCUGGCUAAAUCUAUAUAUUAUAUAGAUUAAGCCAAGGCCAAAAGCGAAGCUCUCGAGGGAUCUUUUAAGAAAUGUCUUUCUAAACUUUGCCGUAAGCAGAAAGUUAAGUGAAUUCCGCUUUAGAAAAUGGACCUGAGCCCGCAAUCGAUUGAAAACCAUGUGACUUUGGUCAGCGGAUACCUUUUUGACAGCUGUCAUUUGACAUUAUCAUGGAUGUCCAAUACCAAGUUAAACACAGAGGAUAUAUGCCUUGGACUCCUAGCUAGUAAGUGUGCCAUUUCACAUCCGCCAACAUGAAGGUGUGAACGUACGGAAGAUUUUGUCCGAACCAAAAUUUCAUGGAUGCAUGGUUACCCAUGGUGCCCCGCUGUGCGGGCUUCGCGCGCGAAAGAGCUUCGCUAUUAGGUUUUUUUUUUAAAUAUUUCUUUUUGUCUGCAGCGUCAACAUUACCAUUGGAUUCGAGUUCGAUGAUGUGGUGGAUUUAACCAAUACUGCAAGUGAGUUCGAUUUUGUUUACUUGCAAAUUAACUUGAGUAGGCUGAUCUGAAACAAGUUAGGUCAGAGUCUUGGAAACAAUUUGCAGGAACAAUCUUUUCCUGGCUUCACUUACAAAAUCUGCUCGAUGUCGAAAAUGAUCCUCGUAAGUGGUAUAAGGAAUAGUUGGCCUGUGCCGCCACUUCUGAACCGCUUUCAUUAAAACGACCGUUAUUACUAAACUAUAAUAAAAGACGGAUCGAAACGCACCAUCCAGAUUUAAGUGUUCAUAGCCAGUCACAACGCAGGCAACACAGGCGACCAAACUCGUCCACACUAACGCGUUUUCAUUUGAAAACGCGUACAUUUUGAUCCGUUUAGCCCUUCCGUCCACACUAAUACACUCAGCGCUUUCAUCGAAAACGCGUCGACUUGAAAACGCUCUUGAAAGUGGAUCAAAACGAAAACGCACACCCUUAUCGUAUUGGUGUAGACAGUCGAAAACGCAUCAAAACGGUAGUGUGGACGCGAAUCGAUCGAUGCGUUUUCGAUGACAGCGAAAACGCGUUGUUUUGAAAACGCACUAGCGUGGACAGGGCCUUAAUUGACUAAUGAUGUCAAUAACCACGAUUCAAUUCCAUCAGCUGACAAGAUACAACACACUUUGACCCAGAAGAUGACUGGCACAUAGGUUGUCAAAAAUUCAUUCACACAGGGUCCUAUUCAGGAAUACACUCGCUUGGACGAUCAUAUAAAGAGGAGAAGUGUGACGUCAUGUUACCAUGGUAGCAACAUUUCUUGAUCACAACAGAGGGGAGCCUAAGCAACAACGACGGAGACGGCAACGAGAACGGCAAAAAAGCAAUCGGUUUAUAUCAGCAAAACAACAACUUUGCACGUGCAUCACGCUUUUUUGUACAUUUCUUAACCGUCGUUGCAAGUCUGCGACUUGAAACUUCCUAAUUUCACGCGCCUGCAUAUUGGGUUGGUGAACACAGCACGAGAAUUUUCUUUGCCUUUUUCUAAACUCGGAUACGGUCCUUUCGGAUUCAAGCCCAGACAAUUUCGCCAAGAUUUUACAAACUAAAUGAAAUUGAAUAAGAUCGAUGAAGUUUGAAACGGUGGGAAUUCACCUUUUAAGUGACGUUUUCGCUUUGUUGUUAUCCAGAAAUUUGGCUACCAUGGCAACGUGAUGUAACAACUUCUCUCUAUUCCACCAACUUUUGACAUGACUCGUGGCGUCAAACCAUUAACUUAAGUAGAAGAACGUUCGUUACAAGACUGACUGUAGCCAAUCAUGCUAAUAAUUAAGAUACUGUAAACUGCCGCCCAUUAACUGUGGGCUUAUACAACUUCGUAAGGGUUUUUAGGGGGGUUUAUAAACGGAGAGGCUUAUAUCCAGGGGGUUAUAACCGGAAUAGAAGUAGCGCGUCAAACGAAAUUAAGAGGUUUUGCAUUAAAAUAAACCUUCAAUAAACCUUCAAAACGACAGUUAAUCGAAUUCAGUUCAAUAUGAACAAAAGUCUUGGGACAUUGGGCAUUUUCCAAUUCACACAGGCCCAACCCCUCCCCUCUCCCCACAAACAAUGUUGGACGCGUGUAUCCAGAAUUUUUUCCGAGUUUCAGUAUUGUAUACGGUGGGGGGAGGGAGAACUGUAAGAAAAUUUUGAAAAGGGUGCACUGUUUUAUGAGGGAACCAAGAAUGACAAAAUAUGAAUAUUACCAAGAGCCAUAAUGGCUCUUGAUGUUACAUCACUGUCCCAAGGACUUUUGUCCACGAUUGUAGAUGGGGGCUUCUAUCCAAUGGAGUGUUAAAGGCGGCAGUUUACGGUACAGUCACACCCCGCUCUAUGGAUACGCGCAUAAUACGGCAGGGUUGUCGUUAAGAUUUCGAGUUGCCGGGUAAAUACAACAAGUAGGCGGGGAAUCAAACACCGAGGGGUGUCUUUUGGUUCUAAUUCUCUUCUAUUUUCCAGUAAAAGUAGCCGGGGGUCACACUCAUAGUGGCCAGGGGAAAUCCCCGGCCCCCGGCUCUUAUUGACAGCCCAGAUUACUACGGACACCACAUUAUUACGGACAGUUUGCUUUAUCCCUGGGGAAAGAAAGCCCUUACAUUUUCUCUAAAUUUAACCAACUUAGUGUCCUUAUUAGCGGGGUUUGAAUUAUGGAUGGUUCUCUGUUAAUGUUGCCCUCUGAAGUAUCCAUGACGUAGAGAUAGUAAUACGCAUUUCCUAAAAACUCUUUAUUCUUUGUCCUUUCUACUCCUUACUUGUCCUUUUCGUUCCAUGUUUGUGCUUACUUGUACUUGUUUGUGAUUUGAGUGGAGUUCCUCUGAACUGCCCAAUCGAGCUAAGUGCUUUGAUUUUCACGGAAAGCAAAGCAUUAACAUUUAUAUUUUGUCGCAUUUUAGAUCUUCCUAUUCAGUACAAGGUAGAUCUGGACAAAGAAAAAGGGGAAAGUGUACUACGGCGACUGUUUUUCUGGGAUGAGGCGAAGCAGGAGAGAAUGACCGUUUUGGAAAAUAACUACACAAUUCCUGCACGACGGACUUCGUUUACCUUGCAACCUCAAACAGUCUAUAUAUUGGUAUUGUAUUUUUGUCUGUGUGGUAAUUUAAACCUAGCUUGCGAUGUAGGCGAAUAGAGAUGGAUUGUGUUUUGAAUCCUUUCACUCCCCGAGCUAAAGCAACGACGACGGCGACGAGAAAGGCAGAAAAAGCAAUAGGUUUAGAUUGGCAAAAAAAAACAACAACAACUUUGCACGUGCAUCACGCUUUUUUGUACAUUUCUUUGCCGUCGCUGCACGACUACGACGUGAAAGUGCCUAAUUUCACGUUUUGUCGAGAACGUGAACAAAAGACGACUUUCUUUUUAUUUUCCUGAAAUUUGAUCCAGUCUUUUAGAAUUCAACUCCAGAAAAAUUGGACGAGUUGGAAUAAGCACGAUAACGUUCGAGGCAGCGCGAAUUCACUUUUUUAGUGACGCUUUCAUAGCCGUCGCCGUUGUUAAUUAGCGAGCUUAAGCAACAACGACGGCGACGGCUACAAAAACGUCACUUGAAAAGUGAAGUCGCGCUGCUUCAAACUUUAUCGCGCUUAUUCUAUCUCAUUCAAUUCGUCAAAUGUUGGCAAUUUUUUCUGGAGAUGAAUUGUAAAAGACUGUAUCGAUGUUCAGAAAGUUCAUAGCUAUCUUAGACUGGUUGUUGAUCAAUCCUUUCAUGCAGGGAAGUCUGAAAGUUUAGGGUUAGGGUUGUUUUGCCAAUCUAAACCUCCUAUUGCUUUCAGUUUAUGCCGUUGUCGUUGAAGUCGCCGUCCUCGUUGCUCCCUAAUCCCACGACAGCGACGGCAACGAGAACGUCACAAGAGCAGUACCGUAAAUCCUCUAUUAAGCCCCCCGGGUGCAUAUUUAUUUCAAACCAAUUCGGGCGGGGGGGGCUUAAUAGAGACGGGGAACUUAUUUGAGCGGGGGGCUUAUUUAAUUUAGAACAGAUGAUGGUUUCGGUUCCCUCCAUAAAGAACUAGAAUUCAAAGUGGAAAAGUUCAAGUACCAGAAGUUAGCGGUCUUGCAGCCGAGGAUCAAAAACAAAUCUGUACUUCCAGUUAGUGAAUAAACCAUCCGGAUCAGUCCACACGAAGUUUUACAGUCGUAGCUGAUUGAUACAGUCUAUCAUUUAUUAGUAAAGAAUAAUUAGAGAAGGGGAGGGGAGGGGGCUUGGGGUGCUUAUUAACUUUCCUUCCCUGAAAAGUGGGGAGGGGGGCUUAUUCGCCUCUGGGCUGGCGAAUAGAGGAUUUACGGUAGGUUUACUAUGCCAAACAACUACUUUUAUGUACACUUCUUUGCCGUCAGUGCACGACUACGAUUUGAAAAUGACUAAUAUAACGUUUUAUGGAGGACUUAAACAAGCCACGACGAAAUAUUCCCUCUCUUUCUGAACCUGGAUUUGGUCUUUGGGAAUUUUUCUCCCAAAAGAGUUCAUCCACUUUUGAAAAAGUACGUGAGUUGAAAGAAUCGCGAUGGAGAUUGAAAGAACGCGAUUUUAAGUGAAGUCGUCGCCGCCGUCGCUGCCCUAAUGAUGAAGUCUUAGGAGGUGCUUCUAAGUUUUGAGUCUGUGGACGAAAUCCUUUGGUCUUACCAUUCUUUUCAGCAGUUUUGUCACCUGGUGCUAUUUGUUUUUACAGCGUUUCAGAACACGAAAUUUGCCAAUUUUUUCGAAUUUUGUUUUUGGCCACUUCGGGGAGUGAAAGGUUAAACAUUUUAAACUAUUUUACUAUCAGGGACCAUAAGGUGCUCCUGAUAUUUGCCUCAUGGUAAUGAGAUCAUUGUUUCACGUUGCAGGACAAAGAUGAGGUUGGUGAUGUUAACUCGCCUCUCACCGUUGAUUUGAGCGUCUCCUUGCCUUCUUGUUCUGAUCUCUGUCCGGUUCUUGACGAUUACCUGCCAAGCACUUUCAGGAAGGAGGUAAGUUUUACUUGCAUUCGAGAGUAAACGAAGACCUCGUAGCUCUCUAUUUUUUCUUACCUAUUUUUUGGGUACAAGCUUUUUGGAUCUUAAGGGAAAAGUUUGGGUACUGAAAUAAAACAGUUUGGAUCUCGAGGGAAACAUUUUGGGUCCCGUGGGAAACGGUUGGAAUUCCGAGUGAGAUCGUUCGGAUCCCGAGGAAAAUAGCUUGAAUCCCAAGGGAAACAGUUUGGAUCCCAACUGGAACAAUUUAGAUCGCGAGGAAAACAGUUUGGGUUCCCGAGUUCCAGAUAGGAAUUGAACUCUCGACGAUCCUCCAGACACUAGUCGGACGCUCAAAUAAUCUCAUUACAUGGAGAUUUCCCGAGGGAUCAGUCAUGAAGUAAUUUGGUAUACAGCCCACAAAAAACUUGUACAUGUACAAAUUUAUGAAAGUAAAUGUCAGCCAGCGGUCAACAUUUGCCUGUUACCCUCUGGCUGCAUGGAUUUGCCAUCUUGCCCGCGCGGAGACUGAAAACCAGAACUGAACUCCAGUAACCAUGCAAAGUGUUAGAGGCUGGCGCUCGGAGACGAGCGCUUCCUGCCACACGAGCCACUUUCCGCUCUGUCAUGCGCAAAAGCACGUGUUAGAACGCCGGUGCCUUAGAAAGACAUCACUCUCAAAGAGUUCAAAAUCAAUUCGUGCUUGUUAGGCUAGGACUAAUUGGUACUGUUGUCUCUCUUUCCUCAGAUUCGCUUCAUCAAAAAGUGCAAGAAUAAAGUCGCGUGUGUUCCGGACUUGUCCCUCGUGGCUGGCGUGUAUUGGUCACCAAAAACUGGGUAAGAUACUGCUUAUGAAGUGCAGAAGAGCAGUUUGGUAGACCUGUCGGAAAGUUUCGAUGAAGCUCGUGCAAGUUCGGGUCAUUCCGGCUUUGGACAAUAGGCCAUUGCCAUGUUGCUUUAACCCUCUGUAUUAACCCUUGAAGCCCCAAUAUCCACAAGCAAAUUCUCCAAACUGAUCUCUAUACAUUUCGUUAAAGAAUAAGUUGAGAGAAUUUGAGAAAAGAUCAAAGCAUUUUCUCUACGAUGAUCAUUUAAUUAAUUCUCAUAACCUAUUCUCUUGACAUUGUAUGGAUAUUGUUAGGAGAAAAUUGAUGUUGGUCAAGGCUAAGUGCGAAGCCAUUGAUAUGAAAAUGAUCUUUUCAAUUAUAAUGGCCAAUGGCCAAUGGCCAAUCUUGAGAAAAACGACAUUCUGCAUGCGCACGGCUUUUUCAUUUUCGCACACCUGAUUUCCAUAUUAUAGUUUCCAGCUUCCAGACUGCUCCGAGACUAAAUUUUUAGCAUGUCUCAAACCGGAAAAAAAAAUUUACCCAUGCAUCACUUUAUACCUGACUUGUCCUGGACGACACUUUGGUUUUUCCGCAGCGAAACGACAAAUCUAGAGAAACUAAGAAUUGGCGUUGUAAAGGACUUCACAGUGGAGAUGACCGUUUCAAAUCAGGCUGAGGACUAUGCAUACACUUCCGUGAUAGAGUUAAAGCACCCGGAAAGUCUGAACUACAUUGGACCUGAUCAGGUACUCUGAUAACUAUUAGGCUAUGAGGUCAUUUUACGUUCCUGGGAAACUGCCCACCUACCCCUCCCCUAAACCAACAUUUUACCCUAAGGGCGCUGUCCAUUUGUCAGAACUGGCCAGCCGGAACAUUACCGGAACAGUUAUUUUGACAAUGAAAUCGGCUUUUUCCAGGGGUUUUUGCUGAAGAACCAUCUCCUUCCUACACACUGUUUAGGAUUUGACUGAUCUAGCUGGAUAGUUUUGAUUAAUAGUGAAAGUCUCAUUACGAAGGGAAGGGUCUGGCUGAUCAGUUCUGACAAAUGGAAAGCGCCCUAAGUGAGAAGUAAGUGUUGAUGUUGGCUUAAGGGAGGGGUAGGUGGGCAUUUUCUCUGGUCAAGUCAUCCACACACACUCGGAACAUCGUACCGGAGCAGUUGGCCGAGAGGGUUUGGUUCCCUAAAUCCCAGUCCUCACUCCUGAACAUUAACUCCCGUCUCAGUCGGUUCCAGUCCUCGCUUUUACUAGAGAGCUUUAGCUUUGAGGACGAGAACGAAUACAAAGAUUUAACUUAACGUUUUUUACGCGUGUCCUCAAAAAAGACACGCCGGAAAGCUUCAUUUUACAUUUUUUCACUAAAAAAGUUAGUACAGUUAUUUAUACCUUACGAGGUUAAGCCCUCUCCCAAUAGCAAAAUGAUAAAAAUGCUAACUUUUGGUAAUUUGUUCCCGCCACGACAUUCGCGCUAAAACUGGUAGUAGAAUGACGACGGUCAUCACGUUUUCCCGCCGAAAUGACGCUGGUUCAUGCGUGAGCACUACUUAGUGUUGCGAAAAUCUCUUACUCGUAGUCGUCCUCGCCUCAGAAUCUAAAGCUCUGUAAUAUACUCAUUUGCUUCCGCUACCUUCCGAAUACCUGUUCACACUGCUACGAAGAGUAGAUAUGUGAUGAUCCACUUUCGAAGAAAUGGUCCCGAAAUCCCCGUUUUUUUGCGUGAAGAGAAGCCCUAUCUGCUAUGAUUUUCGUUUCAUUCAAAAACUGUCGGGUAUAAUGUGAACAUCGCCUUAACCUUUUAAGCUCUAAGAGUGAUGAGCGUCAAAUUUCUCCUUGUAAAAUCACUACUUUAUAAAACAGAGUGGUCAUGAGAAUUAACGACAUGAUCACACAAGAUGAAUCUAAUCGAUACUUCAACAAAUUCUCCCCACUACUUCUAUUGAAAACGUAUAGGGAUAACAAAUGAGAAUUUGAAUUUUGAUGUUAGGGUUUAAAGGGUUAAGGUGGUUGGGUACUACUCUAUAGUAUACAGAGAAUAAGAGAACGGUAAUUAGGGAGCUUAAGCAACCGCGACCGCGACGGCAACGAAAACGGCAAAAAAGUAAUAGGUUUCAACAACUUUGCACGUGCGUCAGGCUUUUUUGUACAUUUCUUUGCCGUCACUGCACGACUACGGCAGGAAACUUCUUUUGGGUGACGUUUUCGCUGUCGUUGCCGUCGUCGUUGCUUAAACUCCCUAAUGAAUCUGGGAAUGGACGAAGGAUUGGCCCAGUUGGUUCGUGCCCGGCCUUCUGUGCGGGAGGUCCCGCGGGAGGUCCUGCGGGAGGUCCUGCGGGAGGUCCUGCGGGAGGUCCCGAGUUCGAUUUCUAGGUAUGACCACAAAUCUUUCUUUCGAUUUCUUUCCGUUCUGUGUAGCUUAACCCUUUAAGCCCCAAUAUCCACCUAUAAAUUCUCCAUACUGAUCUUCGUACAUUUCCUUAAAGAAUUAAUUGAGAGAGUUUGUUAACAGAUCAAAGCAUUUCCUCUUUAGUGAUCAUUUUGUUAACUCUCAGAACCAUUUCUCUUGGUAACAUAUGGAUAUUGUUAGGAGAAAAUUGAUGUUGGUCACUGUUACGGCCCAUCGUCGUACUCGUACUCGGGUCAUUAAAAGCCCCGUGAGACUGGACCUGUGAGAGUAGAAUAAAUUAUGUAGAUAACACGUCACGUGACUUCCUUGCUAGUCGCUCGUAGAUUUGUUGUAAGUCGGGUUCGCGGGCAGUACAUCAACCUGUUGUAAAUCGGUGUAUUGUAAAUCGAGCGGAUUAAAGUUGUGUUCAAGCGUUCAAGUUUGUAUUCCAUCGCUUCCUUAACAUGGUCCUUCACAGCCGGAUACAAGGUGACAUUUGAACAGUAAAUUUGUAAUUCUUCGCAAGGUCAUCACCACGUGGGCGAUAAGAUGGCCGCCAGUCCAAAGACCGAAAAUGAUGAUUUAUCGCAAUUUACAGUCGAUCAGCUGCGAAAGCUGCUUCAAGAAAAGGGAUUACCAACUACUGGAAAAAGGAAGGUCUUGAUUGAAAGGUUGGUAGACGAUUCAAAGUCAAAUGUUGUCAAACCAGAGUCGAAGGAAGAAAUGAAUCUUGCUGAGUCAGCGGAGUCUUCGAGUGAAGUAGAAAUUCAAGAGAUUAACUCGAUCAGACGCAAAGCCAAAGCCUUGCAAAUAGAUAUGGACGGGCUGAUUCGGGAAAUUUCGGAGCUUAGUCAAAGUACAAGUAACAAAGUGAAAGUAAAGCUGAGAAUUGAAAGACUUACCGUGCACAGAGAGAAAUAUCUUCAGCUGAGAAAUGAAAUAGUCGCGCUGAUCGCGGAGGAUAUGAUAGAUGAAGAACUUCGCAAAUGGGGAGAUCUUUUACGUGUGGUGGAUAAAGCUAUCGAUGUUGCUCAUGAAUACCUCCAAAAGGAUUCCAAAGUGGAAGAUCAUCAGUCUUCAAAAGAAAAUACACAUACUGAUAGUCGUCAAUCGUCAAGUCUUAAAUUGCCCAGGACUGAACUGCCAAAGUUUAAUGGGGAUGUGUUGAAAUUUCAAAACUUCUGGGACCAGUUUGAAGCCGCAGUGCAUAACAAUGAUGACUUACCCAAGGCACAGAAGUUUACUUACCUACGCUCAGUGCUUACUGGUAAUGCUUUGCAAACAAUAGAAGGAUUUGAAGUAACUGGAGCAAAUUAUCAAGCAGCGGUCCAUUGCCUCCAACACAGGUAUGGAAGAAAACGUAUGAUAAUCUCAUCCCUUGUGAAAUCUGUCAUCCAGAUGGAUGCUAAGUCGGCGGUCAGCGCAUCCGCCCUUAGAGAUCUUUAUGACACAUUUAUGAAUAGAACCAGAGCCUUAGAAGCGCUUGGUGAAGAUCCAGCGAGUCAUGGUUGUAUUUUGUUACCCAUCUUUGAGACCAAGUUGCCACCUCAGUUACUAGAAAAAUGGGAGUUAGAGCUUGCAGACACUCAAGAGGAUAAAAUAGAUCUUGAGCUGUUUUUCAAAUUUCUGAACCGCCAAGUAGUAUCUAAAGAAGCGGGAGAGAGAGGUUGUAAUGUGAACAAUACCCAAAGCAAUAAGGGUAGAGAUAACAGAAGAAAGCCGUCACUUCCUCGAAUUGGUAAGGAUGGAGCGUAUACAGCCUCUGCAUUACUUGGUGAGGCACGCGAGCUAACUGGUCCAAGCUGCAAUUUCUGUAAGGCAGGUCACGAGUCGCCAAAUUGCCCAGUUUUCAAUGACAAGUCAUUAGAUGACAGGUGGAAGCUAGUUCAAGAGAAUAAACUGUGUUUCAAUUGUUUAAAGCCCAGCAACCACAAGCACUUUUCCAAGAUUUGUCACCAGCCUAAGUGUUCGUUGGUCAUCACAAAUUGUUACAUGGUCAGCAGUUAGUGGCUACACCCCAGCAGCUUUCCAAGUGCAUUGCCCUUGAAGGAAACACUGCUACAGACAGCGUUGGCGAGGUUAACUGUCAGUGGUCAAGAAAUGACAGUCCGUGUUUUGCUAGACUCUGGGAGUCAACGUUCAUAUAUGCGCAAGAACAUCGCAGAGUCCCUUGGCUUGCAAGGUCCCUCAGAGUUAUUAAGUGUUACAAUGCUCGGUGGAACAACUAGUGAAACCAAGAGAUUGCAGAGAGUUAAAUUAGCACUUUCGCCAAUGAAAGGAGAUUCCAAGGUGGAGAUGGAGGCCCUUGCUAUUCCCAAGAUUUGUAAUCCCCUCGGGCCAGUGCAGUUAGACUUUCGUAAGAACUCUCAUCUUCAAGGUUUAACUCUCGCAGAUUCCUACCCUCGCGAUUCCGUCCAAGUAGAUGUCCUUAUUGGUGCAGACUUUUUUACUACUCGUUCGUAACUGGGUUGUACAAGAAAGGUAGUUCAUCUGAGUCACUUGUUGCUGUUGAAUCUCAUCUCGGGUGGAUUCUUACCGGACAAGUAAACCGUUACUCAAGGUAUACCACAUCCAUGCUUACCGUUGUAGAAAACAGUGGACUCACUAAAAGCUUGAAAAGAUUCUGGGAACUGGAAUCUAUUGGCAUCGCUGAGACUGAAAACACUGUUGUUUCCUGGGAGGAGGAAGUUGCUGUUGCUGACUUCAAUAGAGGAUUGAAAUUUGACGGGAAGAACUAUGAAGUACGACUACCGUGGAAACGUGACCCUCCUAAACUGGAAAGUAACUACAUGCAAGCUGUUAGACGUCUGGAAAGCAUCGAAAGAAGGUUAAGACAUGACCCUGUGAAAGCUAAAGCUUACAAUUCUGCAAUCAAUGAAUAUGUAGAGAAAGGAUUUGCAGAGGUAGUGCCUAACGAGAAUGAUGAAGAUAGAACUGUACGCUACCUGCCGCAUCAUGCUGUGUUCCGUGAUGACAAAACGACGACUAAGUGCAGAAUCGUGUUUGAUGCUUCCGCGCGAGAAGGAGAUGGUGUUUCUCUCAACGAUUGUGUCCUUCCCGGUCCUGCUCUACAGCCCAACCUUGCAUCUGUACUCAUUCGAUUUCGAACAAACAGAAUUGGUCUCAUAGCAGAUAUUGAAAAGAUGUUUCUUCAGGUCAAGCUAGCGCCAGAGGAUAGAGACGUUCACCGGUACCUGUGGAGAGAUUUACAAUUUAACGAAACACCCAAAGUUCAUAGAAUGCAAAGACUGACAUUUGGUGUGAACUCCAGUCCAUUCCUUGCUGUUUCGACUGUCCAUGCUCAUGCAAAAAAAUACGCAGAACUGUUCCCAAAUGCAGUCCAAGAAAUUCUACAAAACAUGUAUGUGGAUGACGUCCUAACAGGAGCCGAUACGGUGGACUCGACUGUGAAACUUCAACAAGACUUGUCAGAGAUCAUGAUGAAAGCGGCGUUUAACUUGACAAAGUGGGCAAGUAACUCACAGCUCGUAAUGGAUGCUAUUGCCCCAGCCAAAAGAGCCUCAUCGUCACUGGUGGAGUUUGAGUCGAGUGAACCCCUUAAAGCGCUUGGAGUCUCAUGGGAUUUGACCUCUGAUCACUUCCGAUUUCUUGCACCGGGUGGAAUUGUCUUAUCUCCGGAUCCAAUGACAAAGAGAAGCCUGCUUAGUCUAGCAUCGAAAAUGUUUGACCCUUUAGGGUUGAUAUCUCCCUUCACUGUCAGAGCCAAAAUCCUCUUCCAAGAACUGUGGUUGAAAGGAUUAUUGUGGGAUGACCCUUUGGACAGUGAAAUUAAAGCAAAGUGGCUACAUUGGAAGUCAGAGUUGUUGCAACUGAAAGGUGUGACCAUACCCCGAUGCUUCGGAAAUGGCAUCACGCAAGAUUCUAAGAUAGAGCUACAUGGUUUUGGAGAUGCCUCUCCUAAAGCGUACGGAGCAGCAGUGUACAUCAGAAUAGCAGACAAGCAAGGUCAUGUAUCCUCGCAGCUGGUAAUAUCAAAGUCCCGAGUUGCACCUAUAAAGAAAGUGUCACUACCCAGACUGGAACUUUUAGCAGCAGUUGUAAAUGCCAGGUUGUUGAAGUUUGUUGUAGACACUUUGCCUGUGGAAGUGAGUGGUGUUGUGUGUUGGACUGAUAGUAUGGUGGCACUGCACUGGGUAAAAGGUCAGAGUUCUCGUUGGAAACCAUUUGUGGCGAAUCGAGUGGCAGAAAUACAGUCUACGUGGGAUCCUGAGUGUUGGAGGUACUGUGCUAGUAAGGAGAAUCCUGCAGAUUUGUUGACGCGUGGGUUGAGCUGUGAUGAUAUGAUUACCAAUACCUUAUGGUGGAAUGGACCUCGGUGGCUGUCUUCGAGUGACAAACCUUUACCCGUUCAGCCCCAAGGUGGUACUGUUCCCUCUGAAGUAUGCUAACAGGAAAGGAAAAUUGCUCAUGGUUGUACAGCAGUCGUUAGAGAGCCGUUAAUUGAUAUGUCGCGUUACGGGACAUGGUUAAAGUUGAUUCGAGUAACCGCUUAUGUACUGAGAGCAGUCAAGUUGUUCAAGACUAAAUGUAAGUCUUCUGAAAUUGAACUGUCGGCAGAAGAAGUGAGGAAGGCAGAGCUUAAGUGUUGUAAGUGGGUACAGGAAGAGGUCUAUAAAGAAGAUUACCAGUUGCUAAAGUCCGGACAAACUCUUCCCAAGAACAGCCGCCUUCUCAAACUAGACCCGUAUUAUGACAGAGAGGAUCAGGUUAUAAGAGUUGGUGGCCGACUGCAGUUUGCUGAUCUACUUGAACAGACCAAGCAUCAAGUAAUAUUGCCUCACGGACAUCCCGAAGUCGCAAAGAUGGUACUAGACCUACACAAGAUCAUGUUACAUGCGGGCCCAGAAAGCAUACUGUCAACCUUAAGACAGAAAAUUUGGCUGACCCAAGGGAGACAAGAAGUCAAACGUGUUAUCAGAAGAUGCGUGGCUUGCCAAAAACAGCGAGUUGGACCUUGCGCGCAGAAAAUGGGCCCAUUGCCGGAGGAUAGAGUUUCAUGUUCACCAGCUUUCGCGCAUGUUGGAACUGACUUCGCAGGACCUCUCUAUGUAAAAGAAGGUUCAACCAUACAGAAAGUGUACGUUUGUCUAUUCACAUGCGCAUCAUCUCGUAUGAUUCACUUGGAACUAACACACAGCCUUACCACUGAUGAGUUCCUACAAGCCUUUAGUCGCAUGACAAGCCGCAGAGGUCUUUGCCAUACAGUGUGGUCCGACAACGCAAAAACCUUUAAGGCUGCAAGCAAGGAAAUCCAGAAAUUGUAUGAUCCUAGUACUCAAAGUCGAACGGUGUGGGAUACAUUGGAUCGAAAUCGAAUUAAUUCUGAGCUCUCGUCGAAAGAGAUUACGUGGAAAUUCAUCACCGAGCGUUCACCAUGGCGAGGCGGAUGGUGGGAACGAUUUUUCAGAGCAAUCAAAGAAUCAUUGCGUAAAGUGCUUGGAAAGGCGCUUCUCACCUUUUCUGAGUUGAACACAUUAUUAAUUCGAAUUGAAGGCAUCAUCAACUCGCGACCAUUAACGGCAGUGAGCGACGAUUGCAGAGACCCUUUGCCAGUUACACCUGCUCAUCUUGCAAUUGGUAGACCAAUUAACCAGUUACCUGAGAGUAAAGAAGAAAGCUUGGAGGAGACUAGUAAAAGAACUGUCGAAAGGUAUCUUUACCUACAGAGACUACUUAACCACUAUUGGAAACGUUGGCAACGAGAAUAUCUGCACCUGCUGUCCGUGAGAAGUAAAUGGCAAGAGGAAAACCCCUCCAUUCGAGAAGGUGAUAUCGUGUUGGUCUCUGAUGAUAAUGUAUCGCGUACCAAGUGGCCAAUGGCCAGGGUGGAAAAGGUUCAUCCUGGUAAGGAUGGACUCGUGCGAACGGCUACCGUGAAAGCACAGAAAGGUGUAUUCAACAGGCCUGUUCAACGCUUACACAGAUUGGAAAUUGAUGCAGCGGCCCCACAAGUUACCCGUGAAGCUGAUGUUCCUGUUGACGGUGGGGAGAAGCCUCGAGCGAACUCUGUUACUGUUAAAAGUGUACCUAUUCGUAAGCCUAAGAAGAGAGUUGUCCUCCCCGAAGGAGGACAAGGUGGGGAGAAUGUUACGGCCCAUCGUCGUACUCGUACUCGGGUCAUUAAAAGCCCCGUGAGACUGGACCUGUGAGAGUAGAAUAAAUUAUGUAGAUAACACGUCACGUGACUUCCUUGCUAGUCGCUCGUAGAUUUGUUGUAAGUCGGGUUCGCGGGCAGUACAUCAACCUGUUGUAAAUCGGUGUAUUGUAAAUCGAGCGGAUUAAAGUUGUGUUCAAGCGUUCAAGUUUGUAUUCCAUCGCUUCCUUAACAGUCACUAUUGGGACUUAAAGGGUUAAAGUAGUUUUCAAUUCCCGUAAAACGGAGCACGGAUGGAAGGGGGUGCGGGGGAUGGUACGAGCGCACCGUCGACCGCAGGCGUGUUAGUCAGAUGACUAUUUCAAGCUACCGACGUAAAAUUAGGACUGUUUAUCUUGACCUUCAUCUUUUUUUCUCAAGGGUGUUGAAUGCGAUAGAAGCCUUUCAGACAAUGACACCGUGACCGUCACUUGUGACGUUGGAAAUCCACUUCAGGGCAAGGCUCAAGUAAGUCAACACUGUGCCAUUUUGUUUCAAGUUUCGAUCCACGUCUAUCCUUGCCAUCCCUAGCAACAGACGACAGGAAAUAGUAGGAUGAUUAUACGUUUCUGGGGAACUGCCCACCUACCCCUCCCCUAAGCCAACAGUAACACUUACUUCUCACUUAGGGCAAAAUGUUGGCUUAGGGGAGGGGUAGGUGCACAGUUUCCCAGAAUCGUGUAAUGAUCUGCCCCUUAAAAAGUAAACACUAAAAGAGACGAGUGACCACUUUUCUUCAAGUGCCCACGGUCAAUAUUUAUUCACGAUAACUGUCCAGUUUUAAUACUGCUCAGAAUUAUUUAGGGAAACAAAUUCACAUCUAACCGUGUUUUCUUUCUAGGUGGCUGUUAUCAUUGAUUAUUAUUAUUAUUAUUUUAAGGAACCUGAACCAGUAUUCUUGACAUAAAUCUGUUUGUGCUACUCCUAUUUGUUGCUUAGUUUUACUCGAAAUCACGCCAAGCGGACUGCUCAAUUUUAUUUUGCUGUCUACUUGUAGAAAAAAUUUGGAAUCAAAUUUUCACCUGGAAGUGUGAGGGAAGACUUCGUUAUAGAAAUCGAAGCAAAAAGGUGCGUUUUUAUUUAGUUAGUUAAUUAACAGUUAAACAGAGUUGACCACCACGCUCUUCCAAGUCAGCGGUCAUACCUGCGAGCGCAAGCUCGCGUGGAACGCUGCUGCUUCGUCACGGCAAAGAUCUUGUCCGAGUUCUGAACUACUUUGGAAGUAGUGGGACAGAUUAGGGAGCUUACGCGAAGGCGUUUUUGAACGACGCACGUAAACCGUAAGUGAACCCCAUUCUCUUCUAAUUUGCCAUAAGCCCUCCAAAUUUGUAUUGCUAAGCGUUUAUAGUCUCGUAAAGGUGAUUUGACCGAAAAUUUGGGCAAAACAACUGCCCAAGAAUGGAUACAAUCCACUUCCGGGAGAUGUGCGUCACUCAAAAACGUCUUUGUGUAAGCUCACUAUACUUCCAGGCGCCUGCUAAGCAGGCUAGCACAACUUGCACUGCAAGCUGCUUCUUUGUACUCUUAAAAGGCACUUAUCGUCUCUUCUACAGAAUAGUAUUCCCGUAAUGACAAAGAUGAUUGUUAACUUAGUAUAUUUGAGUUCAAUUAUAAAUCCUGAUGCGUUGCUGUCCUCAGUCGCGCAGCCAGUAUGGUGGUAACCAUGGUAGUUGCUUCGUUUAAAACAAAUAUUUUUGUUAAAGAGUUCACAAGUUUCUUGUGUGUUCGUCGAGAAAAGAAAAUGACUAAGACGGUUAUGUCUCAGCACGUUAACUCCAUUCUCAGUUAAACCAGGACUGUCUCCUCUGAAUAAUUAGGGUGGCUACUUCGUUGGCUGUACAUAUGAAAUGCAAAAUUCGUUUGUUUGAUAAGACUAUUCCAGAAUAAGUUUAAUAGACCUUUUUACCGAUACGCAGGGGGUUCAUUAAGGUUUUGAACAGGAGGGCAACUGAGUUUGACACCCGGGCAAAGAAUUGGCAAGGCCCGGGGGGGCCUUGCCCUCUAGGGGGGUCCGGGGGUAUGCUCCCCCGGAAAAUUUUGAAAUUCUAUAGUCGUAAGGAUAUGUUUUCCUGCAUUUUGAAGCUACAGACAGUGACUUUCAACAACCAAAAAAAGAUAACUUUUCUAGACAAUUUAAUCAUGAUUUGAUACCAAUACCCACCACACAAAUUGGACUUUUUGGUUCUCUUUUAAUAGCUCUGCUCAUAAUAAUCUUUACUCAAACUCACCGUCAGCAUCUGAGCCGUAAUCAACUUAUCUUUAAAAUUUCAAUGACUAGACGGGAGGAGCACUGUUUUAACGUGAACGCUCCGAAAAUUAAUUCAUUGGCGUAAACCAUAAGACGAAUAAAAAUCACGCUUCGCUUCGUUGAACAUGAUGAUUAAGCCAUUCAAUAUAAUUAUACAGGCAAGUAAAAGGUUAAAUCACAAAGAAGUCUACUCAUCUCUUGGUCUUUUCUCUACUGGAGGCCCUUUGGUUGAAGCCGAAAAAUAAUACGCUAUCGAACGCGUUCUUUUCUGGGCCGCCAUGCUCAUGUGCUCUCAACACUGAUACAUUUCAGGUGGUCGUUUAUGAAGCACAGUUCUUUUCGCAAUGUGUUAUGGGGCGAUUCUUGUUUUUAACGCACAAAGAACGAGGGGAUUUCAUGUCGCGUGUAAUAAAGUGGAAAUUGCACGGCAAAGUAUGUUUUACACUCGAUAAGACUCAUCAAGAAAUGGGCACGAUUGUAACUUAAAACUGUUUUUGAUCGUUCUUUGUAUUAAAAAGAAGUUCUUUGAGAUGUAAAGCAGCCGGGCAAAGUCGUGUUCACAGCCGGUCAAUUUGCCCGGUGCCCGGCCCUUAAUGAACCCCCUGGAUACGGCGGCCAUAUUGAAUUAAUUCGAUUUAAGGAGUAUCUAGGAUGCCCAGGGGGCAUGAGCGCAUUUCGUUUGUAUUUUCGAGCGCUUUUCGGGACAUUUUGUCUUAAAGUUUUCUUAGAAUAAGAUUCUAAUGGGAAAAAAGAUGCUUGUGCCGUGUUUGGAUGAAAUAAUGAUCGCCUUUUUCCAGAGAAAUAUACAGUGAAAUUCCGUAUUUCUAAUACUAAACUAGAAAAAGGUGAUCAUGAUUACAUCCAAACACGGCACGAGGAUCUGUCCCUUUAGAAUUUCAUUCUAAGAAAACUUUAAGAAAAAAUGUCCCGAAAAGCGCUCGAAAAUACAAACGAAAUGUGCUCAUGCCCCCUGGGCAUCCUAUAAUACUCGUUAAAUCGAAUUAAUUCAAUAUGGCCGCCGUAUUUGUAAAAAGGUCUAUUGAACGCAGCCUUGCCAUAUAGUCUACUUUAAAUAAAUUGUAAAUAAAUAAAUACAUAACAACGAUUUAGAGGGAGCACCUACUCAUAGUGGUUUUUCGUUUACAAUUCCUGGUCGAAUUGGAAUUUAGAAAAGUUAGUUUUUGAGGAGAGGGGAAUAUCUUUCGGAGCGAGGGAGAGAACCAACAACAAACUCAACCCACAUAUGGAGUCGACGCCGGGAUUUGAACCUGGGCCACAUUGGUAGGACGCAGAUACUCUCAUCAGUGCUCCUGCAUCCGUCCUUGAAGGCCACGGCCUAGAUUUCCCGUAUUUUAAACUAGGGAAUCGGGAUUUUAAAGCAAAACCGGGGCGAGAUAAUCGGGAUUGAAAGUAUGCUUGGAGGUAGCAAGCCAAAACAAUCAUCGGGACUACGGCCGGGAUUUUCACGAAAUUUCGGGUCGGGAUUACGGGACUGAAGAUCCUCGUUUCUCAGAGGGCUUUAAUCCCUUCACGAGAAACCUUGUGUGAAAUCUAUUCCGGGAGUUUACAGUCUCUUUUGUCGGUUUGUGCUUUUCAGUCAAGAUGUGGAUGCUAAUGCAAAGGACAACACGAAGAAACUCCCCGUUGCUGUCAAGUUUGAAACAGAUCUCGAAGUUACAGGGUAAGAGUCGUUGAACUUACAGGAGAUGUUUCACGAAUUUUAUCAAAAUGAAGCAAAUUAUUAACCAGUCAGAAGCACCACCCAGAUCUGGGUAGUGACGGGUCAUCGUCAGAGAGCUUUAGAUUCUAAGGCCUGUUUCAAACGUCGUGCUACUGCCGUGCUAAGCUGGCUCGACUGUAGCUCGACUGCAGCACGACACUAGCACGACUUGGUUUCAGACGUCGAAUUCAAUUCAAUCGAAUAGACCGGCUGUUGCCGAAAACACAACACAAAAAUAAAUAAACGGUUUAGCAAACUUUAAAAUGUAUUCUAAUGUAUUUAUAACUUAUGAAUUGAGUUCGGCAUGGCGGUAGCACGACGUUUAAAACCAAGUCGAGCUACUGCCGUGUAGCACGAAAAGGCUUGCCGUGCUACAAGCCAGUAGCACGACUUGGUUUCAAAGGUCGCGCUACUGCCGUGCUAAAGUCGAAUUUAAUUCGAUCAAUUGAGUUCGGCACGGCAGUCGCACGACGUUUGAAACGGGCCUAAGACGAGGACGACCACUAAGAACGAGAUUUUUCCAAUACUAAGUAGUGCGCGUACGUGAAUCAACGUCAUAUUGGGGGAAAAAUGUAGUAGCCGGAGUCAGUCUACUACGAGUUUUAGAGAGAAUGUCAUGUGGCGAAAACAAGUUAUCAAGUGUUAGAUAUUAGCGAUCGAGGGCUUUACCUCCUUAAACGGAAGAAAAAAAGUAAAGUGAAGCUUUUCAAGUGUCUAUUUGUUAGAGAAUAGGCGAGAAAAUUUAAAUUAAAUGCCAUCCCCGUAGUCGGCAUCGUCCUCGAAUCUAAAGCUCUCUAUUAUUGAAUUUCUGCGCUCGUUCUUCGGACGUCUUGUUGCGGGGAAACCAGUGGUGACAUCGCAAAAUGUCAGCUGUUUCCUCGGGCUAAACCACCAACUUUCCUAACGCGUUCUUCAUUCCUUAUGUAGCUCGUCGAAGCAAGAUCGUGUGGUGUAUUCAGGGCCUGUGAGAAGCACGGAAGAAGUCAUCAAGAACGUCCAGUCUAUUGGGCCUGAAGUGGUCCACACGGUGCUUGUAAGUUACUGAAAGAAAUGUAAUAAAAAUACUGCCGGGGUGGGGGGCGUAGUUAGCCCAUAGACCUCUAGGCCCGGGACUACAAAUUUUUGGUUUGAUCACUCUAGAGCUAAAAAGCUUGUUAUAAGAGCUCAAAGUGUUGGUGAGGUCAGUGCGUACUAGUCAAGAGUACAAUUUUCAGGAUAUGUGGAAGUAAAAGUCAGCAAGGCCUACAACUAAUCGGAAAGCUCGCUACGCUCCUGACUGCAAGAUAGCCUUUUUCCCUUGAAGAACUAAUCGCUACUUGUAAGACGCCAAGCUUCGGAUGCGUGCAUUCUUGCGCGCACGGUUCGCCCACGAGCACGAGCACAAGGCUCUCCCCGUGUGUACUCACAAAGGAUUGGAAUGCAGACUUUCAGGUUCUGAUUCGCCGCUUGAGAAACGAAUGGGAAACUGAAACCGAAACCCGUCCCGUAAUUCUUUCCUGGAUAGUUACUGUGGACACGCAGGUCAGCGGCCGUAAAAUUCCGAAAAUAAGCCCCUCCUCAAAAAGGGCCUUUGAAAAAUAUAAGACCCCGGGGUAGACUGCAAAACAGUCCGAAUUUUUGCGUAUUCAAGUACGCGCGAGCCGUAUUUUUGCGUAUUCAAGUACGCGCGAGCAGUCAAACAAAAGGUCUGGAAUGAGGCUGAAAACAGAGAGCGAGACUGGGGAGAGACGCUAAAAAUACGGACUGUCCUUUUUGCAUACGUUAUAUUCGUUCGAAUUACCCGCUUCUCCCAGCCACGGGCAAUUCCCAUUGGCUAAAUUUCGAUGCAAGCUGUCACCAAGCUGUCAAGUAAUGUUUUCAACAUGUCAUUCACGUUGUUCCAUACCGUGAUGAAUUGCUAAAGCUUUCGCUGUAAAAUGACAGAUGUUGAUCGCCUGGAUUUGCUCGCAAGAAUUAGGAUUUGUUUUAAAAUCGGAGCAGAGGGAAGCUUUGGAGUUGCUACUCAGGGGAAAGGAUGUUUUCUGUGUUCUACCAACAGGAUUUGACAAAAGCCUUAUUUAUCGGAUGUUUGUUCAUGCAAAGAGUUCUUCAAGUUCCGUGCAACGGCCGACCGUCAUUGUUAUCUAGCCUGGCUAAAAAAGCGGGAUCGGUAGGAAACAAACGACUUUUACCUCAUGCAAACAUGCCGCUUGUUCCAAUGAAUUGUUUUCUCUGUCGAGUAGAUUAUGCUUUGGAGGAAAACGUUUUGACUGAGCAAAUGUGAAUUUUGGCCGCUUAUUAAAUAUAUUUCAUACUGAGAGGUCGUGACACGCAUAUUAGGGGUGGCAAAUAGUAAAAUCCGAGACUCGCCGAGACGCCGAGAUCCUAAUUAGAAAUCCGAGCCCGAGACUCUUUGGAGAAACGUUUCGAGACUCAAAAAAAGUUAAAACAAACCAUGAAAAAACGAGACUUCGAGAUUUAUCAGAAACGCUUCCGAGAUUUCGAGAUCCUGCCAAAAUUUUCCGAGACCCACGUUUUUCGAGGUACCAUUCGCCACCCCUCAUAUUGAUUUUCUCUGGUAGGCAUGAUUUGCCCUCUGACGCAAGAGCAUUUUCUUUCUUGGCCCCUUUAGAAAUGUAAAGCUCUUCAUUGCGGCUGAUUAAGGGUUUUAGGUUGUUUUAUUUCUCCAAAGUGCCUCCUGGAUUUGAAUAAUUUGAAGCGAUUUUCUUUGUGUCCGUGAAUGUGACUUUUUCCUGCAAUGUUUUGUCACGCUGGGCCCAGCUCGUUAGCGUUUUUGGCAGGAUUUUAAAUUCUCACAGAUAGUAAUUUACAGAGCUAAAUCACCAAGACGUGGUUUGGAAAGAGGGGAUUUACUCAUUCUUUUCAAUCGCAAUAAUUGUUCAUUGUCAGUUGGCGUGUUCAGUUCUUCCCUAAUUUGCGAAAGCAUCGCCGUGCAGUUUCCCGGGGCAGUUUCUAACCUUUGUUCCGCACGGAGAGCAAAACUGCUCUUGUGGAGAAAGAUUCUCCUUCCUCGAGGACAACGAAAAGUUCGUUUUUCAGUAGGUCGGCCCACUUUGGUAACGUUUCCCCUUUUCUGGUAGGCGCAACAAACGCAUUUUCCGAGCUUAUCCAUCCAUUCGUAAAAUUGCCGAACUGUGUUUUGAAACAACAGCCGCACAUUCUACAAUUUGUACUCCAAAGCCCUCGGCUCUUUCGGCUUUCUCCCUCUUCGAGGAGCAGGCACAGGCUUUGUUGUCGUACUGCCACUUUCACUCUUUUUUUAUCCUCCACUAUAUAUACUACAUUUCACUAUAUACACUACAUUUCACAGGGAAGCAACGCUAAAAACUGCUUUAGAAUUACUGGAUUACAGCGUCAAUAAUAACACGCGAGUCUAUCAAAUUCACAAAAAGGGCGGAGUUGCGAACAGAUUUUUGACAGCUCGACGACAUUUUUGAGCCCCCUGGUCGGAACGAACUCAUUGUAUGAAAAAAGGACAGUCGGUUUUUUUUCUCUCGUAGGGCGUGUGAGGCUCGCGCGCUUCGCGCGCCUAAGACUCUUACGCCACGCUUUACCGAUUUCUUUACUGAUUUUGAGAAAAAAACCGACUGUUUUGCAGUCUAACCCCGGGGUUAUUUUCGGAAUUUUAAGGUAUUUUCUUAUGUUUUUUCCCCGUCCCUAAUAACAGUUCCAGAAGUUUAAAUGGUAAUAGACCUUUUUUAACUUGUAGGUUUUGUUUUCCCAUUUCAGACCACGUGAUGUUACCCCAGAGAAUUGUUUCUUUCAAAUGUCGUCCUAUUGACUGCAUGCACGUGCGUAUGCGUGCUUGACUAAUGAAAAGACGAAAGGCAAAUUCCCUUGAGAACAUUAUGUGGUCUGAAUUGGGAAAACAAAACAUACAAGCUAAAAAGGUCCAUUGCAAUUGAAGCUAUUGCAAAUUUAUGCGGAAAAAAAAUCGGGCCUUCAAAGGGAUUCGAACCCAUGGCCGCUGCGUUAGCUCUGCAGUGCGGAACCAACUGUGCUAUGAAGAACCAUACAUUGGGAGCAGGCCAAUUAGUGGAGUUCAUCUUAACACGUGAAUGGAAUGAAACAUGAAAUGGUGUGAAUUGCGCAGUGUAUUUCCGCAGUUCACGUAAUCUCCAUUCUAUGUCCCAGAAGUCCUUGCGAAAGUUUAACUCGUCCCAGAUUCCUGUGCGUUUCUAAAGUGGAGAAUUGUUUUGUGUUUUUUUUCUUUUGCUUUCUCUCAAGCGUUGUGUUUGGUUUUAUUGCGGUAUUUUGGACUUUCGUUAGUUUCACACUUUUUUAAAUGACAGGUGAAAAAUAAUGGUCCGAGUGUGGUUGAUAAGUCAGAGGUAAAUAUAUUCUAUCCAGACCUCUACUCUUCUUCCAAGACUGACAGCUACCUCCUCUACCUGCUUCAAAUUGAGGUGAGUAAAAGCUACAUUUCUCCUAUACUUUACCACUCAGCGUGCAAAGAAAGUAGUGUCCGAUAGCCCGGGGCUAGUGGAUUUUGCUAUCGGGCUAGUGAAUUCUGUUUUUAACUUGCCCGACAGGCAAGAGAUAUUUUUUUAGGAAUUCGAAUAACAGAAGAACUGUAAUCAAUCCUGCUAAUCAAAAAGGGUUUUGGGGCUAGUUGAAAUGAGUUGUGGGCUAGUACAUGCUAGCUACAGCUUGCCCGAAUGGCAAGCUGUAAAACUGACUUUCUUUGCACCCUUCCACUGAAGCGAAAGUGACUGAAAAUUUCGGAACGUCGGCGAAUUUUGAACUCCUUUUGACUCAAUCUAUGCAGAACUGUCGGAUCUAGAUUCUAGCAUGGGCACUAAAUAUUUUCGGUACUUGUGAUUUGAUUUAUAUCUCAUCAUUGCGAUUGGCAUAGUCUGUUUGUUUACUUGUUUUUUUUCUUGCUUGAAAUACUUUUGCUAUUUUCAAGCAAGUUGUUAACGGCAAUUUUAUUUUCAUUAAGUACGUGCAGCAGUAUGCAAUCAAGGGGCCCAUCUGAUAUGGCCUGUUGUAAUAAAAAUUAAAGUAAAGCUUAUGUUAAAGAUACAACUUUACUACUUCCUUGUACACGGCUCCUGAAUAAACUGUUUCUUCGUGUUUUAUUAUAAACGGCAUACGGUGUGAUUACACCGUAAUUGAGCACAAACCAUCUUGUCCCAGUUGGCUUUCGAUUCUCUAGUACAAGUAACCCCUGAUUUAUUCAGCUAGUCUGAGCGAAUAAUUGUAUUGAAUUACAGUAAUCAUUCUCUGCGCUCGUUUUUGAUUGCAGGUUCAGGGAGCCGGGGUGUGUGACGCCAAGGUCAACCCUCUAGACAUUAAGGUAAGUCAUCCCUGAUUUUUAAUCAGCAGAAAAUCUUGCCUUGCAGUUAACAGUUUCGGAGAAAUCCUCUUUUGAAAACUGGAAAUUUUACAGACGUUUGGCCAUAUGAGUAGAAAAUUUAUAGCUUUUUAACGCAACACUCUUGUGCUUGUGAAAAGUGCCUGUGUCCCCUCUAUCCAUCCUCCCUGGUUAGCUUAGUAGAGGAUUUACGCCUUAUUAAAGCAUUCAGCUCUCUUCAUCAACAAUUUUUUCCAUAAUCCUGUAUACAAUUUCCUCUCACUUUAUUUGAAGACUAAUGACACAAAUCAAGUAGAGGACGAAGUGAAGUCUCGCAGACGACGUGACACUGAAGAGCUGCUGGUGAGUAUACUGAGUAUACUUACUUUUCGUGGGGGAUAUGAGGCGUAAAAAUCUCCUCAGGCGAUUAGUUUUCUUCAAAGACGUUGGUUCGCCAUGUCACGCAACGAUCCUUGUCAUUUGUCGAGGAAUGCGUGACAAGCAAUAAGAACACCCGCGAAGUAGGCUACAAUAUUUGGUUUCGUUACCCAACGGCUAAGGAUCGUAAAGAAAUAUGGGCAUACUUAUAUAGGCAUUGGGCAGAUCUUUUUUUCGGUUAUUUUCUCACUAGUCCUUAAACGAGCUGCAUCAAUUUACGUUUGAAAAUUUAGAAGGCAGAGAAGAACUACCUCUCAUUUAUAAAUUUCAGGACGAUUUGCGGUAUGCAAUGCGUUGUUAAAAACUAGAGAGUUUACGUAGUAUUUACCCCUUAUUAACCAUCUUGCCAACCAGAAGUGUGCAUUUUGUAAUGACAAGUUUUCCCUAUUGUUGCCAAGUUACGGUAAUCCUUUAUCCCCUAAAGCCUCGUCCAGACAUAAUCGGAUAUUUUUGAAAGUACAUUUCCACAGGUAGAGUGUUCGAAUCGUUUUCGUCCGUUCACACGGAAACAUUAAAAAGAUUGAAAAACGAUUGCAUGCCUUGCACCGCACGCGCUGUAUGAUAUCAUCGUCCCGUCCACACGAAAACGAUAAGCCGCCGUUUUCAACGAUCUUCACUCUGGAGAGCGUUUGUGAAAAGAUGCGUUUUUGGUAACUGUUUUCUCCAGGUACGUGUGGACGGGGCAUAAGAGUCAAUGGCAUGUAAUUUCUCCUUACAAUAUCAUCCCUGAACCAAACAUUAAUGUCAUGAGAAUUGACCACUCCAGAAAUAGCACAACAUACCACAAUGCUCUUUGUUUGUCACCCCAAAAUUUUAAGCAUUGUCUUCAGUUUCUCUUUGGAGUUAAAAUGGCUCCCAGAGAAACUGAAAACAAUGCUUAUGCAAAAUUUUGGGGUGACAAACAAAGAGCAUUAUGGUAUGUUAUGGUAUUUUCUGGAGUGGUCAUUAAAGGGAAUGAUCUCCAAGUGUUGAAGCUCUUGAUUGUUAAGCAAAUUCCCCUUGUCAGUAGCACAGGAAAUGUAUAGAGAACAAUAUGGAGAUAUGCAUGCUGAAAUUGGUUAAUGAUCAUGUUACUGUGAAUUCCAGGAUUGUCGAAAAGCCUCCUGCAGACAGAUCAAGUGCCUUCUGGGAAUGUUAAAGAUGGACGAUAAAGUGGAGUUCAAGAUAACAUUCCGUCUUUGGCAAAACACGCUGCUCAAGGUUUGAUGACGGUCACGUGAUAUUGUUCCCACUAUUCCUCACCCAAGAAACUAUAUUAAAGGGGAUUGGGUACAAGCUUUCAGCGCAACGUUUGGGUGGACAGCCACAGCUUAUGAUUGGGUAAUGGUUGCCGUGAAUACCAUGGACCAACCAUAAGUCACGCUUGUCCACCCUAGCGAUCCCAGAAAUCGUUGCGCCGAAAGCUUGUACCCAUUCCUCUUAUUGUUUAGGGAGCAGAGAAUUUAAGUGCAUGAUCACAGUGAACUCCCUCCCCCCGUCCAGGGUUUAACCCUCCGGAUCAAAAGUUAGGACCACAUACGAGUCUCCAUCAUGAACUCUCUGAGUGAAAGGUUUGAACGAGGACGACGACGGCAGCCUGAAAAUGUUUUUGAAAAUAUUCUUAUUCUUCCAAACUUGAUUACGUUUUUUGAGCUUUGCUCAAUUUGUCAAAUGUAGGUGAAUGUGUCUGAAGUUGAACUGUAUCCAACUGAGUUCAAAAAAAGCCAGGAAACUUCGUCGUCUUGUGUCCGCGUCUUCAUAAAACGUCCCAGUAGGAGGUUUUGUUGUCCUAAUGCGACGGGGAAUUUUCGCAGGAAUUUCCAGUCCAUUCGCUCAUAUUUGAAAAGUACUAAAAAGUGCGAUGCAUGAGCGGAGGUGUUGUUGUGUGGUGAUGUGGUCAAAAUAUUCCAGAUAGAUUGCUAUUGCUUUCCUAUCUGAAGAAUAUGUCAAUGAAUACAAACCCAGAGCGUGGAAACGUUAUCUGUUGUUCUUACGACACAUAUCUUUUAUCAAAUUUUUCACCAGGAACUUGAUCCGCCAAGAGCAGUAGUCCUCCAAACAAGGGCAACUUUGAAAGUUACACAGGAUAAAAUUACGCAAACAGAUGAAAAUAACGACGAAGCAACGGUUGGUAUAGACAUCAUCAUCAUUGUAUUGUAUUUGUUAAAGCAGGUUACAUAUAUCUAGCCGAUUUUUUGAAAACGAACCUCGCGAAAUUCGCAGCCAUUUGAGUGUAAAAAGGUGUUAAAAAAGGCUGUUUUUUUGUGCUCGAUAAGUUCUUAAAUCAUACUAGCUAAGGAAAGGUGGAUCAAUUUAGGUUUUUGGGAAACUGCCUACCCUCCCCUCCCCGACGCCAACAUUAUCACUUAUGUCUCACUUAGGGCAAAAUGUUGGCUUUGUGGAGGGGUAGGUGGGCAGCUUCCCAGAAACCUACGAAAAUGUAAGGACAAAAAGUUAUAUUACGGUUAUUAUUUUGACCGUGGCAGGGUUAGCUCAGUCGGUAGAGCGUUUGACUGCAGAGCGGGAGGUCGCGGGUUCGAUUCCCGGGGCCGGACCAUUACUCAGGGUCUUGAAAUGACUGAGAAAUGAAGGUACUUCCUUUGCACUGCAAGCGGCGAGACCUUCGCGUGGCUCGGAUGACCACGUCAAAUGGCGGUCCCGUCUCCAUUAAGAGACGUAAAAAUAGUGUCCCCAAUUAGCACUUUCGUGCUAAAUACAUUGACACUCAAAUAAAAAAGUGCAUUUAUUUAUUUUUUUUUUUUAAAGUGAAACCAUUUUGAUUCUUGAAACUGUCUCCUAGAAGCAGCGACUAAAGCUGAAGUAAUUCUUCAAUAUCUUAUCGCUAUUUUCUUUAUUUUGCAGAUCAAAACAACAGCAAAUCCUGCACAAACCGAGGCUCAAGAGAAAAAGACUCCCUGGUGGGUGAUUUUCCUGUCUGUGCUCGGCGGAGUCAUACUGCUGGCUGGGGCGAUAGCUAUUUUAUACAAGGUAAGUACAUUCUGUGGUCCCCCGGUGCUGAGGUAAAAAUAGAUUUGAGGUUUUCUUCAAAGAAAAGAACCGUUUAGCCAAUUUGUCUCUUUUCUCCUUUAAUUGUUGUCAAGGCUUAAAUUGUUAAAACCUGGGUGAUCAAUAGUUAGUUGUUGUUUUGCGGGCGAGAGGUGAUUACCCACAUAGAAAGAAAGUGAGACACGCGUCGUGGAGCAGCCGAGCGUGACACAGCAAAUGUAGGGCUUUGUCACGCGUUCCUUUCUCACGAACAACGCUCAAUACCAUACGGAAUUCAAAGGCAUUUAUACUCAGAACACCGAUCGGCGGCCGAACCGCUGAGCAGCGAAGGAGCUGAUGGUGAGCUAAGACAUAGGAGACCUCCCGAUGACCGUUAUGGUCAACAAUGUGCAUCCUAUUGACUCCAUAUCGAAUGCGUCGUUUUUGAUAAAGAAUAGUGGAAGAUGGAAGAUGUUGAGCUCGGUGUAUGAUGAACAGGAUGUUAUGUUGGUGAUGUCUCGACUGUUGGACGUAUAAAAACUGAAAUCUGAGUCAAUGCAAUUAUUCAAACCCAUACUUUCCCAGGAAACUGGUUGCUAUUUCGAGUAUAUGUGUGCUUUUACAUGUAUUCUUGCUUCAAAUCGCGAAGAGGAUCCAUUAACGGUUUAGGCUUACUUUACAGGGUCGCCCCCCCCCCGGGGGGGGGGGGGUUGUGGAAUACCAAAAUACCUGAAAAAAAACCUUCCAAUAUACCAAACAUUAUACUAAAACUCGUGUAAAAUACCGAAAUUAAGAAAAGCACAGUAUACUUUAUACCCAAAAUUGGUCUUGAGGGAAUACUUUGUACCCAAUUUUAAGCGUGAAAAGACUGUAUACCUGAAAUUAAGUACCCCAAUUUACUGUAUACCCAAAAAACCCUGGCCGACCCUGACUUUAAGACUUGGCAGAACAAUCUAAAUCAACCUCCGAGUGUUCGAAAGUUCAGAAAUAGCGUUAUCCACAGGAUAUCCACAGGAAAGAUAAUUAUUCAAUAGCGCUAUCCAGAGGGUAGAUAAUUAUUCAAUAGCGCUAUCCAGAGGAUAGAUAAUUAUUCAAUAGCGCUAUCCACAGGAUAGAUAAUUAUUCAAUAGCGCUAUCCACAGGAUAGAUAAUUAUUCAGUGCUAGGGAAGCCUAUUGGACGGAGAUUUACCCAGUGGAUAGUGCUGUCCAGCUUGUGAACAACUGAGGCCUGAAUCUCAUUUCUUGCCCCUAUUCAUUUUCUACAGAAGUAGGGGGGAGUUGAUAAAAUAUGAAGCAAACUCAUCUUGUGUGAUCAUGUCCUUAAUUCUCAUGACCACUCUGUUUUACAAAGCAUUGAUAUUACAAGGAGAAAUUUGAUGCUGAUCACCCUUAGGGCUUAAAGGGUUAAAGGGCCGUGAUGUUAAGAAGCAUUGCGACACUCAAAUCUGAGCCACUGUUUUGAUGGUUUGUUCGUUUGUUUGUUUGUUUGUUUGUUUGUUUGUUUGUUUGUUUCGUCAAUGCACAACAUUCAACACGUUAGUGUAUAUGACAGGAAAUGACUUUGUUUCAAUCAUUUUCAUCCGUGUGAACCACAUUCAUACAUAUGAUCCCAAUCAUUCUUGUGUUGCACCAAGCCUUUUAUCUUCCGUAAGACACACAGGCUCUUAUUAAGCACCACUGUAAAGACAAAACUAUGAUCUUAACCACCACCGUAAACUUAAGCACCAUUGUAAAUUACAGCACUGUUUUUAGUAGGGUUAGACGUCACUUAAACUAACUUGAUAAAUCAGUAAUGAUCAGACCACCUGUAUAAAUAAAUGCACAAUGUGCUCUUAUUAACUUGCACAAGGUUAAGGGGAAGGUUCUUAAAUUACCAAAGCACAUCGACGGAGUUUUUUUAACCUACUUGCCACAAAUUUGUUAUGAUUUUUGGCUAAACUAAGAAACGUUGCAGCGGAAAUAAGAGACCUUUUUCCUCAAGAGUCGACAAAGUGGAAGAGAAGAUUUUAUCAUGAGAAGGGAAAAGGGUUUGUUUUAGUUACAUAUUCUGGUGUCUGGAACGUGUGUUUUGGGAAUAAUUCACUACCUUGAGAAAACAGCCGACGUUUCGCGUUGCCACCAUUUCCCCGUGAAAUGACGUUUCGAGAACGAGCGCAGGAAAAUCUAUACUGAUCACUUGUCACUAGCCAGAUCUGGUGCUUCUCAUUGGUCGUGACACGUCAUCAGUAUGGAAUUUCUUCGCCCAUUCCUCAGACGUCAUAUCGCGGGGGAAAUCGGUGGUCGCGUCGUAAAAAAAUACCGCGGUUUUCUUAGGCUAACAUUUCAUUUAUCCGCGACGUUUCCUAUUUUAGCCAGGCUUAGGGCGGCGUAAACUCUAAUUUAAAAAAGCACUAAAUGUAUAUGUAAAACUGUAGAAGGUGAAGGGAAAACUAAAAGAAAUGCAAAGAGGCUCCUAUUUCUGUUGGUCACUGGAUCAAUUAUCUGAAUCGCAGUCAACGACUCCGUCACGCUUGUCCUCUCUGUCGCACUUGCACUCUCCGUCACGAACCAAGCCUUUGAUUAAUUCUUGCAUUUUUCUUUAGUGUGGAUUUUUCAAAAGGAAACGUGCAAAGGAUAUCUCGGGUCCAAUGGAAGAGAACACUCCAAUGGCUGCAAAUUAACUCUUGAAUGAAACAUAGCAGCACCCGGAACAAAUGUAACGCUAAACGUAACAGUAUAAAAGUGUUAUUUAACAAGGGUAACGUGUAAGCUGUAUAACGCUUUUUGUAACAGAAAAAAUAAAAAUGUUACAUUUUUAUUUUUUUUAGAUUUAAAUUUUGCUAUACGUGUAGUUAGGGUAACCAAAAUCUUGUUGAGAGUGGUUGUUAGGGGGCCGAGGAAAAUGAAACGCAACUCUCCAGUUACAAGAACAUUGUGUGACGAUUUCGAGACUGUUGCGUUGCACACUUCUACCUAAAACAUAAAAAAUUCUUGCCCGAUAGCUUUUACCAUUUAUGGCUCCCCAUAGACUCAAUGCUUUGAAACCUUUUACAGGAUCUUAGGACCAUUGACCUUAUACAGCUUAACACGUAGAGGAUAAAUCUUGGAGCCCCUAGCUUUUGUGAACAGACUGACAUAAAUAAAAGUAAAAAGCCAUUAAAUAUAAGUUACCCAUGUAGAGAUGUAAAAUAUGAUUUCUCUACUAGAAAACUAAGCUUUUUGAUAAACAAGAAAUAGUACUUAUGUGUUUUUUCUCGGUUGUAGGCUGCAUGCUGUUGUUGAAGUGCAUGUGUUGUUUAUUGUUUGUUUCGUUUACAUUUUAGUUUGGGUUUUUCAAACGCAAGCAAAUAAAGGAUAUUUCAGGGCCAGAUACCACUGAAAUGACUGACGUCCAAUAG